GGCUCUAUUCCUCCCAACCCGGACACAUGAUAUACUGUACCGGUAUGUACACUUCUCCCCCGGUCCAUUCCCCCCGCUUCUUGCUGUCCUUGUUUCCCGCAGGCAGGCGGCAGUGUAACCCAGCAGAGCCCGAGGCGAGGAGGAGGAGGAGGAGGGACGCCAUUGCGUUGCUAUGAGGUGACUCCCGCCCUCCAUACUCUCCUCCCCCUCCAGCCACGGACUGACUCGCUCUGGGGUGGCGGUGGCGGCGCUGCUGCUGCUGCCUGCCUGCCUUCCUCGCCGGUGACUGGGGCGGCUCACGCGCUUUCUUAUUUAUUGAGGGAAGCGGGGGGAGGGGUGCGGGGAGAAGAACAUGAAGGCGGCGGGCAACGGGCAGCCGCGGCGGCGGCAGCAGCAGCAGCUGAGGUGAAGCGAAGCGAGGCGGCGAAGGCAGAGGACGAAGAGGGCAGCGAGCGCGGCCGGUCAUCUCCUUUCCGUUGUUAUUAUCAUUCGGCUCCCCGCAGAGGGAAUGGCUCACGGCGGGGCCGCGGGAAGCGACGAGCCCUUGCCGGGCACCUCCGGCCGCAGAGACGGCGGCGGCGACGACGACGAAGGCCGGUCUCUGGCGGCGGCGCUGGCGAUGCGGGACGCGCUGUCUCUGGAGGAGAUCCUGCGGCUCUACAACCAGCCCAUCAACGAGGAGCAGGCGUGGGCCGUCUGCUACCAGUGCUGCGGUUCCCUCCGCUCCCGAGGCCGCCGCGGGGAGUCUCCCAGCCGCAGGGUGGAGAGCCCCGCCGACAUCCGCAUCUGGAAGGACGGAGCCGUCACGCUGGGCGACCGUGCUCGGAGCCCGCCGGCAGCAGGUAAAGCUCCGGGGCGAGGGCCGCCGCUGAGCCCCGCGCUCUCCGCGCUCUUGAGGCUCCCUUGGGCCCCAGAAGGGUACUGGGGGUGCCCUUCGCGCGCUGUUUUCAGCCUUGUUUUCUUUCUGUGGGGGGUGAAUCUUUCCCCCUAGCAACGCCUCCCCCCCCCCCCACACUUUCCCCCCUUCCGUCGUCUCCCGCUCCCGGGAGGCUGCAUACAUCCCCCAGUAAUGCAAUUGCACGGCGAGGAUUUCCUCCACCAUUUCUCCAUCACUUAGCACUGCUUCUUCCCCAUGGAUUUCAGGGCUGCCUCCUCCUCCUCUUCUUAGCUGCCUCAGGUCGGCGACAUUCUCGCGCGCGCUCCUCCCGCACCCACAGCAACAAAAACGCCUCUGUUUCGUCUUGUUUAUACAACUGACCCAUCUUCCCCAGAAACGACGGCGUUUGUAUGAAGAGCUUGCUAGUUACCAUUUUCUGAUAAUCCCUUCCCUCCCCCCCACUCCUCCCGCUUCGCUGCGAAUGUUUUUCUUCUCUCUGUCGUGCUGAAAUCUAGAGUUCUUAUAUGAUCAGUAAUAUUUUCUGUCUUUUAAAUGCUGCAUUAUGGCUGGUGUAUAGGCAAGCAGUUGGGAGACUGCAGGGUAGCUUAAUUGUACCUGAAAGGAUGUCUUGGUUUGGGCAUGAGACGUUUCAUUUUUGGAUGGAGCACCUAACAAAAACAUCCUUCCUGUUUCAUUGCCCUUGUUUGGCACUGCAGCAUGGGUGACUAUAUUAAAUACUGAUACACGGUUUCUGAAAUACCGAGGCUGUGUGCCUGUUUAUUUACUAGAGCUCCUCCAGCACCUUUUUUCCUUUGCUCCUGCUUGGAGAAAGCCUGUGGAAAAUAAAAUGAUGCAAAGCUACUCAUGUAGGUCAGCAUGAGGGAUUGGGGGAGGGCACUGCAAAGCAAAACAAAGAAAGCAGCUGUCAGAACCUAGGCAUGUUGCUACCAGGAGGUUUAAUGUCUGUUGGCUUUGUGCCUUUGUUUUGUGUUCCUUUUUAAUUCCAAAACAAGGCUGCAAUCUUAUGCUAACUUAUUUGGGAGUAAAUUCCAGUGAUAUCAGUGUGUUCUAUACACAUCCACGUGAAAAAUGUAUAGGAAACAAGCAAGUGGAAAUACAUACUUUUUAUAACAUUGGUUUGAUGUUCCCGUUUACUGAAGACUGCAACUAAUCAAUCAUAUGAUUAACACAGGAAAUAAAAUGUGACGUUAUGAAUUCCUCUUAUGUACUUAGGAAAAAUAUGUUAAACAGAUUAAGCAGUUAUAUAUAAUACACACUUUAUGUCCAUGACUAAUGUAACACCAUAUUAUCUUUCCCUUACAUGUCUUAGCACGUGCCUUCAAAAUCUCUGAUUAUACUAGUUACCUCAAACAUACUUUUAAAAAAACCCAAAUUAACGCAGUAAACCACUUUUCAAAGUCAGCUCUAUAAACUCAUUCUAGCAGCAAACAGAUUGUACCUGUCAUUUGACUGUACAGUCAAAGAAACAAUACAUAUGAAAAGUGACACAUAGCAUGCAUUGUACAGAUCCUGCAUUUGCUGUGUAUUGUUUAGUGAACAUAAUAAAACAAGAGUUGAAGUAAUAAGACUUCAAAUGGUGGUUAUUUGAUUUUAAAAAUAGGACAUCAUAUGAAAUUUGUUUAUUUCGUUGUUGUAAGAAGAACAAUAGGAUAACCUACUGUAGAGUUUAAUGUUGGCAUGACGCUCAUUGUUGAGUACUCCAUAAUCUCCUUCAGAACACAGUAAUGAAUUCUUGAAUUCUACAGCAAAUACUAGACAGACAUUUUAUACUGGCUGAGGAAUAGGAAACCUUUAUGUGCAGAAUUAUUUUAUGUCACUGUCGAAGGAUAUUUUGUACUCCCAUAUGCCAGGACACAGAGUUAGUUCCAUGUCAGAAUGCAGUUCCUAGACAGGUUUUAACCUCAACAUAACAAACAACAAGCAUGAGUGGUAUUUUGCAAAAUGGUUUUUUGUUUGUUUGCCUGCAGACAGAAACAUUCUGUAUUUGAACACUCUUAAUACUGGCUAUGAUUUGUGAAAUUAAGAUAAUGGAUGAAAUCCAAUGCUAGUAAUACUCAGAGUAAACUCAUUUAAACUAAUGGAUAAGUAAAUUAAUUUCAGUGGGUUUACUCUUGAGUAUUAUUACUAUUAUUAUAUUUAUUUUCAUCCUGCCUUUUUCCCUGACAGAGACUCAAGGCAGCUUACAGCUAAAACAGAAACAGCUAAAAAUGGGGGAAAGCAAUAAUUAAAAAACAUUUAACUAUUAAUAUAUUUAUCUAUAUAUGAUCUAUUAAAGAUACAGAUCAUAAUGAAAACACCACAGUACCAGCCCUUCCCCUAAAAGGAGUCAGUUCCCAAAUACUAUUGGAACAAGAAAGUCUUCACCUGGCUGCAAUAAGAAGGAAGUUCCAAAGUCUGGGAGCAACCACUGAGAAGGCCCUUGACUAUGACUUCGUUAGAUAUCACUCAAUGUCUUUUACCUCUUUAUCCCUUUAUCUUAUAUUAUUUUAACACUUCUUAUUCCCCAAAUGAGGGCAAGGGCACAGCAUAUGACAUACUCUCAGCUGAAUAUUAGGUUUUGUACUUGCAAAUAGCAUAGCUUUUUCACACUGCUGUAGGGAGGAAGGGUUUAUAAUAACAGAGAUGUGGUAUGUUUAGGUUUUCAGCUGAGACCGUCAGAGCAGCCACCUGCUCUGAGUCCACACACAGCAACAUGACUCAUCUGUCAUGGCACUGUUAAGUUGACUUUUCCUGUUUAUUGUAGCAUUUCCUACUUGUGGGUUCCUAAGACGGUGGUGAGAAGGGUUCCAAAGGAGGUGACAAGAAGCAUAUAGAAGUGAGGAGUGCAGAACCUUCCCCUGCCAGCUGCCUAUCUUCAGGAAAACAUAAACUACUUUCUAGAACAGCAUAAGUAGUCUUAGUGCCAUACUUUGUUGUCAGCCCUCAUCACACACUGUGUCUGCCCAAUGGUGUAGCAUGUACAGAGCUGCUGCCACCAUGAAGUGGCUUGGGCUAAUUAUCUGGAUAAUAAGCUCUCAGUUGAUGUGGGGCAAAACAAUAGCCAUGUUUGCACUUACAGAGCAUGUUGGCUGUCAUAAUUUAUCUCUUGGAAACAUUCCAAUGUUGCUGAGAGGAAAAAACCUCUCUGAUGGUUUCCUUUGAUCUGUUAAUCCCACAUAUUUUAGACUAUGGCAGAUUAUUUUUAAGUGCAUGAGUAAGGGUUAACACUGACAGGUAGAUCAUUUAAAAUUAUACCUUAUAUCCAUUAGAAUAAACAUCUCUAAGGUCCCUAUUUCAGUACAGUCAUACCUCGGGUUAAAUAUGCUUCGAGUUGAGCACGUUCGAGUUGCGCUCCGCAGCAACCCGGAAGUAACGGAGCGCGUUACUUCCGGGUUUCGCCACUUGCGCAUGCGCGGACGCUCAAAAUGACGUCAUGCGCAGAAGCGGCGAAAAGCGACGCGCGCAUGCGCAGAUGUGCCGUUGCUAGUUACAUUUACCUCCAGAUGCGAACAGGGCUCCGGAACGGAUCUUCUUUUAUAUCUAGAGGUACCACUGUACAUAUAUGUUUUCAUUUGUUAAACUAACAUUAGAAAUGUAUCAUGAUCUUGUAAAGGAGAUCUAUGUGCAGAAGCAAGUGCGUAUUCAUACCAUGCUGAUUAUCUGGGCCUCAUAAAGCUGCAUCUUUUUUUCUCCACUGGAGAUGUACAACCCUGUCAAGGGACAGUAGUUGCCUGUAACUGCAACUUGAUCAUGGCCUUUGUUAACAAGAAAGGAAGCAGACACAAACUCUUGAGUAUUAACUCUUUUAUGAGAAUUUGACAACUUUUGGUAGGGAAAGUUCAAGUUUUGUUUAAGACUGUGAAAGAGGAUACAAUCUGCCAUUAUGUCAUCUAAGCUAAGGAAACAGCAAAUGCCAUAGACUUUGAUUUAGGUUGCAUUCCUGUGCUCAUUUUCCUGUAUGAAUACAAUGGUACUUACUUUUGAGUAAGCAUAUGUAAGACAGCUCUUAUAUGGAUGUCUAACUGCCAUGACUGGGCUCAUUUGGUAGAGCAUGAGACCCUUAAUCUCAGGGUUGUGAGUUUGAGCCCUAUGUUGGGCAAAAGAUACCUGCAAUGAAGAGGGUUGGACUAGAUGACCCUCAUGGUCCCUUCCAACUCUACAAUUCUAUGGUUUUGCUUAACCUGAUGAAAAAGUGGAGCAUGUUAUUACUGGAAGGAAUUUGAAGAUCAGAUAGAUUUAAUCUUCUUUAGUGAAUGGCUAUCAGUUGGGUCAUAACAUUCCGCAAACGAAGUGGGUGGAUGAAGGCAAACGCUAUUAAGUAAAUAAAUUAAAUGCAGCAUAUAAGCAAGCUAUGCUAUAAUGCAAACUGCAAGAUAAUGUAAUAAAACUCAGAAUUAUUAGAAACUGUGAUCUGGAAUAACAUUGCCCUUCAAAUAUGGUAAAGAAAUUGGACCCAAUUUACUUCUCUUUCUCAUGUUUACUUGUCUUUAUCAUGCCCACCCUACUUAAAAGCUUAUAUCCAGUUCCAACUGUCUUUGAACCUCCAAGGGAAGGAAUUUCUCCAUCUCAUCUUUCAAACCUAGGUUUGCAAGUGUAUAUAAAAUUCAUUACUCUAGUAAACUACCAAUGAGGUUCAAAUCAAAAUGUGCUAGAUUAAAUUAUGCUAAAAUACAAAUCAGUUAACUAAUAAUAAAGUGCAAACCUCGGUAUUCUUCACUGCCUCUAACAGAAAUUGAACGGAAAGCGCUGACAGGCUUGGAGCCAUUGAGAAAGAGAUGAAACAUACCUGGAGGAACCCUGAAGUUUGCAGAAGAAAAAUACUGAAGGGGGCAACCCUCCAAAGUAGACCAAUGAGGACUGAGCAUUCUCAGUAGCUGCAGGACAUUGAGUGUCACUUAGAAAAGAAAAAUGAGAAACUGGGGGUGGAAUGUAAUGUGCUGCAAACCCCCUGUUAGCAGCUUCUUGGAGGUUAGGGCAUGAUUGGUUGGAAGGACUCUUUAAUAAGAACACUUUUGAUAGGAAAGGGUGGGCUAGAUACAUUCUCCAGGCUGAGGGCCACAUUGCUUCUUGGGCAGCUUGCCAGAGGCCACAUGACUGUGAUCGAACAGAGUUACAAAGUGGGUAGGGAAUUGGAUGUGCUACUUACUUUGAUAUAGCAAGCUACACUCUAGAAAUGCAAAGUCAGAAGUUUCUAUACAUACCCUUCUCUAUCCAUGCAAGCAAGAGUCACUAGUACAAUUUAAAAACUCAUUUGAGACAGACAAUAGCACUUGAAGAGGGUGUGGAGCCUUGACGAAUGUGGCUGGGGUAAAUCCUAGAAGGCCUCAUUUAGCUCUCCUUGUUGUGCAGCUCCGUACCUUGUGUGAGGGGGUCUACCCGUUCCCCACAACAGCAAAUUCAGGUGGUGACUGCUGAUAGGACUGGUGCCAAAAAGGGAUACUGAGAAAUGAGGGUGUUCUCAACGUGCUCCAAGAAACAAGGGGUAUGCAGAAGUACAGAAGGAUUAAAAUGUUCAAGUACACAUUGUUUGGUAAUCUCCAGGAGCCACAGAAUGAGUAGCAAAGAAAAAUGGAAAAUCAGAUUGAGUGAAUUGGCCUACUUGAAUGCUUUAGUACGGAGGAUAAUAUGCCUGGGUGACACUCCUGUUAGGAGCUUCAGAUACAUUGAAAAUAUUCGUUUAAAGUUGUGUUCAUAGAAUAAAAGAAUUGAAACUUCCCAAGGUAACAUUAAUGACAUUGCCCUGCCCUAUAUAUGGGGAAACCCAGCCAGAUGGGUGAGGUAUAAAUAAAAUUAUUAUUAUUAUUAUUAUUAUUAAUCAUAUCAGUAUACCCGAAGAACAGAAUUGUUCCAGUGACUUGAAUUAGAGUGCUAGUCCAGUUGUAAAUAAUGACCUUGCAUUAAAUACUAAAGUCUAAAAAUAAUGUGGAUAAAACUGCAGUGUCUCAAGAUGGAGAAUGGACCUAUUGUUUGCUAGAAAGUAAUUAUACAGUAAAAUAAACUAGCAUUUUAAAGACUGUUUGACAUGCUAGUUUUUCUAUAAAUAUUAUUAAACAUUUGAUACCUUAAUACAUUUUUUUUAAAAAAAUCUACAACUCAUAACAAUUAUGUGGAUGAAAUUACAACUUGAUAGUUCUUACAGUGUGUUUAGGAGCGAUUAUCAUUUAGUAAAUGAAGGCUUUUUAUAGAGCAAUCAUAUUUGUUUAUUCAGCAGUAAGCUCAAUAUAGUUUUCAGUGAGACUUACUUCUGAUGUGUAAGGGAUUGCAGCUUUAAUUGAGUGAUACUUCUCUAAGUCACUAGAUUUGUUUUAAGGAGGCAUGGGCUUCUCAGUGACAUUUAUUGGCUCAGUUUCUAUCUUGAUUGGCACAGAAUUGGAAUACUGAUUAAGUAUGGUGUAUAUGGUUAAGUGACUAUGUGCUUGUAUUUUGCUGCUGGAUAGUGCUUUUUCUGGAGAAACCUCAAGCGUGUCAUAAGGCACGUAUGUGUAGUCCUUCCCUUUUUAUUGAAUCUACUUAUGUCUGUUAUUGGUUCAAGAGUGAGGUACAAAGUCUUCUAGACUAGUUGGCUGAAUGAAGCAGAAUGUGCUAUGUAACCUACUAGGCUUAAGAUGAAGUUCAAGAACUCUUGCUCUAAACUUAAUAACAAUUAAAAUCACAGUGGAACAAAUACCAGUCAAAACUUUUCCUUUCACUUACUUCUAUGAAGGCUGAUCUUAUGCCUGUUGUUUUGGGCACUAGAAACAUGUAGUUUUAUAGUCAACACAAAAGCUGGCAUUUCCAUAAUUCUUUUUUACGUGAUCUCUUUUUUCAGUUGAGAUCAGAUUCUUAAAGCAGCCAAAAUGCUUUCCUUCUCCAAGUAUGACUUUCAAGAUAAAUUGUUUGCUAGGAUAAGAGGAGCACCUGUAUAUGAGGCUACAUGUUGUGAUUUUUCAAGGGCUUAAUACUGUAUUAUUCUCUUGAAAGUUUAGAAAAUACAUUAGAGACAGAAAUCAAGAAAUUUCAGGGUUCUAAGGUUUACUAAUUUAGUAGGGGUUUUAUUCCUUUACUGAACGUUUGAUGAAAAAGUUAUAAGAUUAACAGUGGCUGUCAUUCAUAUGUGGUACACCCUGUAGUUCAUUGUUCAAAUAUACUAAUUAUUUUAUUGUUAAUAUCUUAGGGCACAGUAAGAACAUAUUAUGCAGUCUUCUUACAGGGAAAAUAUAUGUGCAAGGCUGGUUUCUCUUAAUUCUUUCUUCUAGCCUGCUUUUCUAGCUGUCAUUAAUGAGCAAAAAGCCAUCUAUUGUUGAGUUUUGUUUAUAAUGAAAUAUGAUUUUAUUUCCUUAACAAGGUACACACCCACUUGAGCACUGAGAUGUAAAGUGAUUUUUUGGGUUGAUUUAACAUUACUUUGAAUAUUAGCCCUAGUUCUCACUGAGGUGGCAAAGGUGUGCCAGGGUUUUACUGCUUUAGGUUUCAAUGGGAGGCUCACAGGAUUGAACAUUCCCCCAUAUAAUAUAAAUAAAAAUAUAUAUCCACAUAGUCAGGUAGCAUGUCAGGCUACAGCCUUUCCUCCUGAAAUCUAGUUUUCUGUGUGCAGAGAAUUUGUAUGAAGGAGCAAUCAGUCAUGUCAGUUACCAUCCACAGGCUGAAGUACCACUGUUCAGAUAGAGCUUUACAAACUCAUGAGUACUAGACUUCAAUUGUUGAGUCUCUUUUUAUGUAAUGGAGUUUGAAAGGGUAGACUGCAGCACUCUCAGAUAACAUUACAGAGCUAAAUCUAAAGCCCGUAAUUAUAACUAAAAGCUGGCCAGAGCUUCUGGAGCUACAGUCUGAAUGUUUUUUAUUGCUUCAGGGUGCUUUGGGGGGAGGCAAUGAUAAUUGAGUUUUAUGUCUUAAGUUUUAUCCUGGCAUUUUGUGUAUUUUUAUUUUAUCUAGAAUAUUGUAACACAUUUGAAGUAGAUGACCUCUUUUCUCAAACAGCAGAGUCUUGUGACACCUUAACACCUAACAAAUUCAUGUAUCAAACUUUGGUUAAUUCAAAUCCACUUCAUCAGAUUCAGGAAGUGUAAUCCUCAAUUGGCAGCUGAGGAUUAUACAUGUAUUUAUUAAUUUUAUAUCUUGCCUUUCCGAAGGAGUCUGGGGCAAAAAACACACAAGUGAUAAAACAUCUUAAAAAUAUCUUUGAAACAAUUUAUCUUUAAAACAUCUUUAAAUGCAUUUGGUAAAAUAGACUUUAGCCUAUGAAAGCUUAUGCCAAACUAAAUUGGUUAGUAUUUAAUGUGCCACAGGAACCUUUGAAUAGAAAAGGAGUUGAAUGUCUAAAGGAGGAUAAGGAGAUUGUUCCAAGCAUGGCUAGAAUUGCCUGGUCAAUCCAGAGGGCUUGCUAAUACCAUUUCUCUACCCUCAGAUAAAUUACAGCAGCUCUUAAGUGCUUCCCUACUUGACAAUAAAAAGGGAAGUGGUGGCAGUUUAAUGAAUAUAAGAGGAAUGCACCUUAUACCCUGUUUAUCUCAUAUGGGAGAUGUGGGAGUGAUUGCCCCAUGGUUAAAGAAAUCAGCGAAUGUGUGAUUCCAGUUAAUGCAUGUUUUCAAUAUAUAGAGAGGAGCCUUGGAAAGUGUGAAUGAGGAAGGAAAGUGGGAGAGGCCAGUGUCUGUAUUCUUUACAAGAACUUCUGUUGAAAUUGAGUCAUAGAUUUGUAUGACUCAGUUAAGUGUCAAGUCUUCAAAGUCAGCAGGGCAAAAUGUUAGACAUAUACUGUCAUAACUUCCUGAAAAGUGGGGGAAAUAAAAGCAUGGCUAGAAUUGGAGCAUGCUGAAGAACUUGACAAGCCAGACUUUAAAGUUGUAUUUUAAAAACAUUUUUUAAUAUCUGGAUUUAAUGAAGUCUGCAAAUCUGUUCAUCAUGAAGAUAGCCCCUUCUUGUGCACAAAGUAUGCUCACUUCCCAUCCACCUAAGUGGAUCUUUGUGACUCCUAAUUUGUCAUCCUCCUUUUAGACCAGCAGCUGGUGCUGAACAUAUGAACCUCCUCCCUUCACAGUUCCUUUCAGCCUUGAUAAUGAGGUGUUGCUGUCAUCCACCACUGCAUCCCAUCCCAACAUGGAUAGGGUGGUGAACCUUGACAAGCUCUCUGACUUCUGGCAAAUCAUUUCUUAGCCUAACCUACCUCACAUGGUUUUGUGCAAAUACACUGUCCAUCUUCAGAUUGUAUAAAUCUUUAAUCUUUUAAUAAAAAUAUCCAAGGAGAAUAACAUUUAGAAUAUUUUAGUACGUACUUUUUUGUGAGAAUAAAAGGAGGAAUCAUUCAUACAUGGCAUCCUGAAUGUAUUGCAGUAAGAGAUGACUAAAAGUUUCAUAGUCAAUAAAAGUGGGGAGGUGGCUAUUGCAGAGACAGACAGAGGAAGAAGCAACGAGACCCUAACCUAGCUUCAGCUUGGGGAUGACAGUGCAAGUUCAUGAUCUUACAUAUGGUGCAACACUUCAGAGAGUGGUUUGUAGCAUGAUAUAGACUGUCUGCCGUACUUCUUCUCAGCAUGGAGCUGCGGAGGCUGUGAGGCGAAGGUUGUUGCUAGUUUUGUGCUGAGCUUUGGAGAUCCUUGCUUCAGACGUUCAGCAUGGCAUCAGAUACCAGACUCCACCCCUCUGAGGCCAGGGCCAGCAUGUAUUUUAGCUGGCUACUAAGGCCAAUCAAAAUUUGUCUGUCCCAUUUUAAGGCUGAUUUUUUUGGUAACAAUUUUGUUAAUAUUUAUUUAUUCAAAAGCAGAAUAAAAUGAAGGUUGUGAAAUACUGGCUAACUUGUCAAUCAAAUUGUGCACAGCUUAUUGCUUCCAGGGUUAUUUGCUUGUGUCAGGUUAAGUUAUGCAUGUGCAGGAUGGAGGAGGUAUAAAUAUGCAUCACAUUAUCUGAUUCAGUAGAAGACAUUUUCAUAAUGUUAUUUUCUCUCCCAAUGAGUUUGUGAGAACAUUUUUUUCUGAGUUACUGGGAAACUCAGACAAUGAGAGGGGAACACCUUUGUUGUUUGUUAAGAUGCUUAUCUUAAGAAAGAGAAACUUUCUUGGGGGAUUGUAUAUAUUUCAUGGAACAGACAAAUACUUGUUCAGAUUUCAUUGAGUGGCAGAUUUAAGAUUUUAAAAAUGUAUAUAGCAGUGCACCAGUAGCAAUUAAGCCUCACCAUGAACAGUGCAUGUACAACCAGGGCCCAGAUCCUUGCUCCAUCUUCCUCCAGCAGUGGAUUAGAGGUAGAAAGUACAGAAGCGUAAAAUGAUCAAUUCACAUAGGCCAUCUGAGAAAGGAAGAGUCCUGGAGACUCAACUAUACAGCUCUGAAUAAAACAUUUUAAGUGUGUUUUAAAUGCAAUAUACAAUGUGAUACUAGAUGGCAAUGGUGAGCGUUUUUAUAUGUGUGUAUAUGUGUACGUUUUUAAUAUAUGUGUACAUUCCACCCCAGUGCAUUUCCUCGCUUCCAUGUAGCACCUGUAUGGAGUGAAAGGAAUAGUAUUCCCAUUUACCACAAUCCCUGAAGAUUUUUGCUUUGCACAGAGUUCUCAGGAAGAAAGAAGCAACACAGCUUCUUCUCUUCCUAAGUACCUGUACAAAGUGAAAGGAUCACCUCCUUCUCUGGUCAUCUGCAAUAUGCAAUGAACAGGGAAAUGUAAUAGUCCAUGGAUGAUGGGAGUUGUAGUCUACAUGGGGAAAGAGGAUGCAUCAGAUUUUUUUCUAAUCUUUUCUAAUCUUGUUUUUGGAAUUGAUUGUUUAUUUUUAAAAGGUGUAAAUAACUCUUUUUUGUUUUUAAUUUCAGGUAAAUCAGAACAUUUACGCUGUCCAGAAACAGAGGUAAGAACUUGUAAAAGUGUUUGUUCUGUUUGAUACACUAGUGUAUCUUAGGGCAUUUAUAUAUAGCUCUCCCAGGUAUCUGUACUGAUAUGCCGAGAGAGCACUGCCACAGGGGAGAGAAAUGUGUGCAGUCUGUCUCUGAAUACAGAAGAAAGCUUCAAGCAGUGGAGCUUUCAAAAUGCAAAUGCUAAGCAGGGAAAGGACUUCUUUUGGCUAGGCAGAUGCUGCAAUGGAGGGAAGAGCAAAAGGGUCAAGCAGUCCACAAUCAGAGCAGCCCUUCCUCUUUUUCAGCUUUCCCAACUUUUCCAGCUUUUUGCUGUCCUUGACCAGCACCAUCAACUGUGUCUGUGAUGGUCUAUGUGAAACCCCCAUGCAAGCAGCUUCACACUAGUGUUAGAAACUGAGAUAUGAAAGCUAGGAGCUAAAUGGCACUUAAACCUAGGUUAUGGGCGCAACAACGGAAUGUCUAGGUGUGCUUUUUUUAUAACAAGAAUACAAAACUGAAAAUGAAUGAACUGCAGCUAAAAUGUUAUGUUCAUUUUUCACAUGGUCUAGUCCUUCCCCUGCCCACCCUCCUAAUAUUCUUAAGAGGGUCUCUUCUCCAGUCUUCAGAAAGUAGCUAGAAGUGGGGAACCAGAAAAAGGUCCUCCUUUUCUUCCACUCUGCAGUUUUAAUCUGAAAUUUUAGGUGCAGUACUGCGCCCAGAGCUCAGAAACUGCUCACAUGAAUGAAAUUCCAUGUUGCAAAAUGCGCUUAGAACAAUGGGAGUUUCGAACAGUGCUUCACACUGCUCCUUACACCCCCAAAAACUAAGGGUACAACGAGCAGCGUUUCAAAAUGUUUCCCACUGCUCCUGAAAGCUCUGAAAGUCAGGUUUAAUUCACACAUGCUGAUUCCACAGCUCUGUCGGUUAUUUUCUCAUAGGAAAAACUUGAGCUCUUUAAAGAAUAUGAGGGCUGUGUUUGACCCAUGUUUAUUUCUUUUUAGCGCUGAGAGAAAUCUGUAUGAUUCCGCUUAGUGUCUUAACAGCUGUACCCAAUGCUAGGGAAAUUUCCCAGGAGCACUUACAUAUUAUUUGAUACAGUUGUAUCCUGCCCUUCCUCCAUAGAGCUUAAAGUGGUAUUUUAACCUCAAAGAAGAGAGGUUGGUUGAGUGAUGGUAACUUGCUCGAACAAUGUGGUGAGUUUUGCAAGAAUUUGGACAUAGGAUUUCCACCACAUUAAAAACCAUUUUAGCCACUGUGUGGGAAUAUAAAGUUUCUAUAAAGAACAAGAUCCAACCUCUUUCCAGGCAGAGUUUUUGUAGCUUUUGCCCUCACCUGUCGGUCAGGGUAAACUGGGAGUCUUGUGUGGCUGAUCAGUAUCUCUACCACCUUGCCUCAAGGGCUCUCUCAGGUGACAAUGCUACUGUUGACUGAGUUCUCUCUUUUGGUGAAAAGGGUAUUUGAUAGUAAUCAGUUUUCUUUGGAGGCAUUGAUUUGGCUACUGAGUUUCUAGAAUUUAGGGACUUGGAUAGUUAUUGUUUCUGACUCAUAUGCUGGCUUCUGUAUCUCAAUGGCCCUGUGCUUGCUAUGCUGCUGCUGAGAUUUAAUAUGCAACUGCCCCCUGGUUUUUGUCACUAUUUUUAAUACACUAGAAAUACACUGAAUUACUAAUAGUGGUGGGAAGAUCUCUGUACUUUCUGGAAAUAAAGAUCAGCUGUGUUUUACCAGAGCUUGGAAAAGAUAGAAAAUCAUUCAUUGUGACCUUAAAACAUGCUAUUCACUGCUGCAGCUCCUGUCAUAUGACAUCAUGCAUAAAAUUCAAGAUAGUUCUUUUUUAGAAACAAAAAUAAGCUUGCCAUGUGAGUGGAAUAGAAAUACUUUUUUUUUUUUAGAAAUAGCAUGAUGUGGAGAAAGUGGGUAUAGAUGUUUUUCUCCCUCUCUCAUAACAGUAGGACUCAGGGACAUCCAAUGAAACUGAGUCUUGGAAGAUUCAGGAUAGACAAAAUACAUGCUACUUCACACUACGGAAUUAACUAUGGAAUUCUCUCCCACAAGAUGUGGCUAUCAACUUAAGUUGGCUUUAGAAGAUUAGAUGAAUUUAUGAAAGAUAAGGCUAUUGCCAUGAUGGGUAUGUGCCAGGGACUGACUAGAAACUGAGGAGUGGUGGCUGGAUUUGGGUGAGUGGGCACCGGAAGAAGGGGGGUUGGAGACUGACUUGGAGAAAGGGAUCAGUGAUCUGGGGGAGCCAGUAACAGCCAGGAGAUGAGAGGCAGGAGAAGCUGCGAGAUUGGAGAGUGAAGAACAGGUGCAGGAGGAGAGAGAGAGAGGUCAAGCUGGUGUAAAGGGCUUCCACACCUCCUCCUUCUGCCUCCACCUCCUGCUCUACUGUCUCCCAGGACCAGAAGAGGAUUGAAGCAGGAAGAGCAAAAGGCUACACGCAGGUGGAGUCAUUAUCUGCUUGCAAGCAGCUUGGGGGGGGGGCAAGAACGACAUAAAUGGAGGUUGAGGGCAGGGCUUCUUUGUUCAGCAACUCCCUCAUCGGGUGCACACCUGGAAGUAGCUGAUACACUUAGGCCUGAUAGACAUGCCUUUUGCUAACGUGUAAGUGUACUUCUGACAAUAAAGUGUUAGCUGUUUACUCAGGAUGUCCAUUCCUCCGGCACUGUGACAGUAUGUUGUAAUUCCACUGUCAGAAGCAGUAUGGCUCUGAACACCAGUUUCUGGGAAUUGUGGGUUAUGCCCAUGUUCUGUUUGCAUGCUUCUCAUAGGUGUUUGGGUGGCCACUGUGAGAACACUGUGCUGGACUAGGUGGGCCUCUGUCCUGAUCCAUCAAGGUUUUCUUAUAUUCUUAUAUCAUGUUCAAAAGCAAAAUAGGUAUAGUCUGUCAAUGACACCUGCAGCAAAUGUUUUGAAUAGUUAUUUCAAAUUACUAUGUUAUAUUCUUCCUUCUGGUUUCUUCGUCUGUCUUAUCACUCUUGACUGCUCUUGACUUCUGUUAGCCUUUUCAGGACUUUGCCUGCCAUUUUGUGGGCUUCAGCUUCUGUCCCUUACCCACUGUCUGUCCUGCACCUUUUUAAGAUCAGAGAAAUGCAGCUUAGUAUUUGUGGGUGGCUAUUAUUAUUAUUAUUAUUAUUAAUAAACAUAUUGUAGGAUUAAUAGAUACAAUUAUUAAUCAUCAUCUAUGGUCUGUACAAUGUAAUAGUAAAAUAGAACAAUUCAGUUUUGAGAUUUUUUUUCUUGGGAGUUUGCAAAAAAUGCUUGGGCUUGCCUCGUGUUCCUUAUUUCAAGGAAUACUUCGCUGUUUAAUAAGGAACAGGGGGCAAACCUCCAUGGAAGGCAAAACAAAGUUUUAGGCCAGUAACAUACAUUAAAUUAAAGAUUCAGUUUAAUAAAAUGGCAGUGUACAAUACAAGUUUUUGUUCUUUUCUUCAGCAUUUAUAGCACAAACAUUCUGCUUGGCCUUUGAAAAUAUGUACAGUAGGACAGAAUGUGACAAAUAACUGAGGUAGCCCAGCCAAAGUACUUUCAUGGUUCAGUUGGAAAGGCAGCUCUAGUACUCUCAAGGGCAAAGAGAACCUUCAAUCAUUAUUUCCAAAACUGUCUGAGAAAUCUUAAUACAAAAGCUGUUUACUAUGCAAUAUGACUAUGGUAGUAUUUUUAUCAUCAUAUGCAGGACUGAAGCUCGUAAGUGGUAAAGUUUAUAAAAGGUUAUGUACAUAAUUAUAGGCUAAAAAUAGAAAAUAUAUUGUGAACUACAGUGUAGGGUAAAAAAAGGCUUGCAUAAGAAUUGUUCUGGGUCCCUAAAUAAUGGGUGUAGAAACCUAUAAUGUGCACUAUUUGGGAUAUUACAAUUUUGUGUAUAUUCAUGAACUUUGUGUUUAAAAAGUUGGUUGCAGCAUAGUUUCGUAGACACAAUUUCAGAGACAAUGAUGUCUCUGAAGUGGCAGCUGCAGAAGGUACAGUGAUCAGCCACUCUUUCCCUCUGCGGAAUGCUCCUGAAUACUAGUUGCUGGCAAUCACAAAUGAGGUGUGUGUCUGGUUGGUCAUUGUGAUAAAAGAACUCUGGACUAGAUGGACCUUUGGCCUGAAUUAGCAAGGGUCGUCUUACAGCUCAGCAGCCCAUUUGUCCAUGAACCCACUUGACUUGACCUACUCCAUGCUUAUUAAAUAACAUAUAUUAAGUUCUCAUGUAGUUAGAUAAACAAACCCAAGUGUGGAGUACUUAUCUGUUCCAUCAAGUGUGGACAUGUAUAGGGAGAGAUGUAUCCUUCAAAAUAAAAUCCUAAAUUGAACAAGUUAAUAUAUUUUUCUCCACCUUAGCUGAAGGACAAUUAUUUGCUUUAAAAGUUUGAAUAAUUGAAAUUGGAUAAUAUAAAUUGUAGGCAUGAUCCAAUCCAUUGCUUAAGAAGCAGGCAUUCUGUGAUAGAAGUGGGAGUUGCUGGCAUUUAAUUGUGCUUGUGUACUGACACAGUAGAUUACUAAAUUUCAUAUUUAACCAGCUCUAGCAUCUCCUCUAUUUUUUAUGUACAAUCAGAUGUAACUUUUGCAAAAGUUGAAAUUAAAAGAGGGAAAGCUUCCCAAGUUCAACAUGUUUAUUUGAUACAUGAACUUCCACAGUUACAUGGUAAAAGACAUUAUGUUUAUAUGAAAGCAUUUUGGAGAUGAAGAAUCUUGAUGAUUUGGGUGAGGAUGGGGGCCUCAUGGCAGAAGAGAGGAAGGGGAAGUUCCAUUUGCUUGGGCAGAAAUCCAUUAUACCGGCAGGCUGACACUAUUAGAGGUGACCCUAUAUUAUAUAUGCAUUAUUGUAUUUCAUUUAGUUUCGUUUGGAAAUGAAAUAGUAAGGGUGUUGGGCAGGAGGGCAUUCUCCCCUGUGUAGUUAGCUGAAUGCUGUUGGAUUCAUGUUGCAACCAGCCUAAGAGACAUAUGAGCUUGACAGAUCAAAAUCCUGAAGAACAGGUGUAGAUCUCCUGAGAUUGUAUCUCAUAGGCUAGUCAUUGUGCAUUAAUUACAAUUGGCUAUUUGUACAGCAGACUUUUCUUCAGUGCUGCACUUCUAGCUAUGUCUGUGGUAGAGUGCUCUUUCUCGUUGUUUGCCAAAGCAUUUUUGUAUGGUGCAAAUGCUGCUGAUGUGUCAGAAGUAUGCUUUAUCUGAGAUCUUAAAAAGUAUGUGCUUUGUGACUGCAAAUGCUAUUUUAAUUAGUUUUUGUAACGACAUAAUUAGCUGUGCCAUGCAUUGGAUUUUAAAAAUACUAUUUUAAUUCAUCACUACUGGAUUUUCAGUUAUAAAGAAUAAUUUUAUUUGUUUCAGGUUUGAUUCUUUGCACAAAUGACUAUUGUUUAUUUUAUUUACUUAAAACUAUGAGGCUGCUAAUUUGUUUCUGAAUAAAACACAGGUUUGUCCAGAAAUCAAAGACUAUGUUAUUUGCAGGCCACAAGCAAACAUUCUGUUUUAGCAGGCAUUUUAUGUAAGUUUUCUUUUUGUAUGAUUAAUUUUUAUUGUUUUAUCCACUGUAUGCUUUUUGAAAUCUUAUUGCACAUGGCUUAGAAACUUUGUUGAUUCAGUGAUAUAUAAAUAGCUGAAAUAAAUAAUAAAUAAGGUGUUCAGGUAUAUUAUAAUCUUCAUGCCUAGACUAACAAAGAACUGACAGUUUCAAGUGAAUUGUUCAAACAUUCAACACCAGUGAUUCAGAAAUGGUAUUUUCUUGUGAAAAAGGCAUGGGGACUUGUUUUCUCUAACCAUCUAAUAUCCAAUUGCAAGGGCUGCAAAGGCAAUAGAGCGUAUUAUCUAGUGCCUCCUUCCAUUAUUCUUCAAUUUAAUUAGGGCAGUCAGCUGCUUAUCUUUAGCAAUCAUGAAGUGUUGCACUUUCAGCUUCAUCCUGCAAGGAGAUUAUUCAUCCAUCUGACUUGUUAGGCACCCAUUCAUCCUGUUUACUAGGCACCCAUUCAUCCUUAUGCCUCCAGUGACUUUGCUUACUAUUCAGAUACUAUCAUUCCUCGGGAUGUUGGGGAUAAAGUGAAAGACUGGAUUAAUGCUGGGAACAGACAACUGCUGUUUAAAAUCCAUGAUUAUACUGUUAAAAUAGAAUUGAUGGCUACUCUGAUCAGGGUUUUUUUCUAUGACCUUGAAUACCCUUCGGCUGGCCAUCCAUUCAAGCUGUAGGGGUGAAAGUUUAUAUCUCACUAAACAUCCUACAACAAUAUUUAAUAGUCAAAACUGGUUCACAGAAAAGUCAAAUCUUAUAUGUAACUCUUAUGAUGCGUUUCAUUAAAAACUCACACAAAACCAUGGGGGUUACUUUGUUUGAAAUGCUGUAUAUAUAAAGCUUCCUUUAUAUUUUUUUACUUGCAAUAAUCCACUUGCCCAACAUAAGAAGUAAUUCAUUUAAGGCCUUUUCAGAUGUGAGAGACUUGUUCAGUUUAUGCACUUAGUACAGAUCCAGCACCAGUAGGCUGCAAAGUAAUGGUAACCUAUAUGGGGAAUAGCAAUGGUGAUAUAAUGCUUUCUUCCAAGAGACUGAGAACAUGACAUUACAUCACAUUUAUAAUAUAGUCAUAAUUUAUAAUAUAACCAUAAGCUUCAAAAUAUUUGUUGUGGCUUUGGAUGCCAUUCAUGAUAUGACAGAAAUAAAAUAUUCUGUUCUAAUAAUUUUUCAAGAUUCAGGGUCGUUUCAUAUGUUCUUGGAUAUAGCUGACACUGUGAACUUUUCUAAUGUUUACACUGUUAGGACACAGUUCAAUUUUAAUUAGCUUUUUACAUCACUAACAUAUUUUAGGAAAAACAAACUCCCACUAGAUUUUUUACAUUGUUGUAGUGGGGAAAGUUUCAGGAAAUUAUCCAACUCUUAUGCAAUACUUAGCAACUAUGAGAUUUAAAAUGAAACUACUGCAGUGGCCUGAUACUAGAAAUGAUGUGUCACAUCCUAUCUAGUUACAGUGAAUAUUAUAACAGUGUAUUAAGUAUCCAGUCACUAAUGUAAAAUUGAUAAUGCAAAACAUACCCUUAGUAGUUGAAUGUUUAGUAUUGUAAUGAUAAAAUUAAUUGUUAAUGUUGUUUGUAAGCAACAAAGUGUUGGCUAUGAUUGCACAAACCAAGAAAUAAUAAUCUGGUUCUCUGAAUUAUCUGAAAUUACAACUUGAUCCCCUACUUGAUUUAGGACAGUUAAGUAAUAUAACAUCAUGUCAUAGCAUUAAGCAGAUUCCCUAGCAGCAUUAAGGAUUUUCCAGGUUUUUUUUUAUCAGCACAGAGCAAAAUCCUCAUUCAGUUAAAUUAUGUAAUGUAUUAUAAAUACAGUUUUAUUAAUGAAUGCCAUGCAGAUGAUGGAAGCUGCUUGGGACAGCCUUUUUUAAUGAAAGUUUGUAGAACACAUUUUGCUUUUUAUUUUGAAGAUUAUUACAUAGGACGAAUCAUCUAUAGCUAGUGUUCACUGCAGUGGCCAACCAGGUGCCACUGGCAAGCCCUCAAAUAGGACCUGAAUGGUGCUCUCCCGACUUGUAAUUCCCAGCAUCUGCUCAUAGCUGUCAACUUUCCCCCUUUUUUAAGGGAAAUUCACUUAUUCCAAAUAGGAUUCCUUGCAAGAAAAGGGAAAAGUUGACAGCUAUGCAUCUGUUCAGCAUGACUUGUACUUCUGCAUGCUUGGUAGUUCUUUAUCUAGCAAUGCUUUCAGCCAGUUCCCCCAGAACACAUGUUAAGCAAACAAGCCUGUAAUUUCAAUUAUCUCCCCUGGAUAUCUUUUUGAAAGUUUGUGUUAUAUUGGCCUCCUCAGUCCUCUGGUAUGGAGGCUAAUCUUAAGGACAAAUUCCAUAAUUUUGUUAGAAGAACAUCAAUUUCACAUUUGAGUUCUUUAAAUACUCUCAGGUGGAUGCUAUCCAGACCGUAUGAUUUGUCUGUUUUUAUUUUGUUAGGAAGACCUAAAAUUGCAUCUUUUGUCGCCACUAUUUGCCUUUUUUCCUGUGAAAGUCAGUUCAGGCGCUGGGAGCUGCCCUAUAUAUUCUGCUGUGAAGACUGCACCUUCAUUCAGCUUCUUUGCCAUCUCUUUUCCUUUGUUAGCACACCUCUGCCUCACUUGUCAUCCAAAGAUCCUAACACAUCCCUGCGGGACUCCCUAAAAUUUUAUAGUUUAACUGUGUGCUCCUUAAAUUCUUUUUCUAGCACCCCCUAUUGUCUGAUUCAAUUUGUUUGCCAGCAUUUGUAUUACUUUUUUCCUCCUUGUUUGAACAAUACUUCCAUUUUCUAAAGGGAACCUUCUUGUCCUUAAUAGCUUCUUUGACUCUGCUCAUUAACUAACCACACUGGCAGCUUCUUGACUCAGGUGGUACCUUUUCUGAUCUGUGGUUUACAUUCUGGCUGAGCUUCUAAUAUUAUGGUUUUAAACAACUUCCAAGCUUUUUGGAGAGAUUUGAUCCUCUUAACUUUGCCUUUCAACUUCCUUUUUACCAAUCCCCUCAGUUUGGGGAAGUUUCCUCUUUUGAAGUGAAACGAGGCUGUUGGAUAUUUUUGGCAAUUGACCAUGUACAUAUAUAUUAAAUUUGAUAGAACUAUGGUCACUGCCUUCAAUCAGUACAGCAACUUACACCUCUCACCUUAAGGAACUUGCUUCAUGCUACUGCUAGCUUCACCUUAAAUCUCUUUAUAUUUGUUUUAAAAUACCGUAUUGUGCUUGUUGCCGUAUUUAUUUCUUUUACACUGCCUCUCACUAUAGUUGUGCAGGGAGGUAUUCUUAAUUCUAUUCAUACUCAACAAAGGGAUGUCUCUUAUCCUAGCUGGCUAACUAAAAAAAGGAAGGGAAAAUCUGCUCUAGAAAGACCAAAUAAAUUUUAUUUUAAGCUUAUCAUUUAUUUACUAUUUCAGAGCCAUUACUAGAUUUCAGUCAAAGUCAUCCCCAAAAUGAAAGUAAUGGAGUGUUGUGUGUUCAUCUGUAAAUUCAGGCUAAUUCUAGCUUCAGUGAAUGCAGAUAAUUCCAUGGAAUGUUUUGUCAUAGCUUUUUGCAGAAAACAGCUAAGCAUACUUUUAUGUGAAUGUUCAUAAUUGGCCAAUUAUGUAGAGGAGCAAUUCUCAAGUGAAUAUGUCCAGCAGGUGGAUUAUUGGACAUUACAGUGUUAUUUUGAUUUCAGUUCAACUUUAGCAGUAACCUAUUUUUGUAAAAUAGAAAUCGUGACUUGUUCAACAAAAUUGUUAAGAAGGUGAGUGACAUAUUGAUAAAAUGAUGUGGCCUGAUAUAUUAGGCAUUCAGUGAGUUGGUGCAUAGUGACAAACAUUUCUCAAGAAUAGAAGCAGAGAACAGAAAGCAAGAAAAGCAGCCAUUUUGAGGGGUACACACAGUGUUAAAUAUAAUUUCCCCACAUUUUGGUCUGCUAUGGCAUCAUUUACAGAGCUUGUACUAGGACCACAUUACAGGAGCAAUAAGUUGGAAGUAGAGCAUCUGUUUUAUAUUCACAAGUUUUAGAUUUAAUCCUAGCACUGCCAGUUAACGGAUUUCUGGUUGAGAAAGACCUCUGUCUGAAAACUAAAAAUUGAGAAGUCGUACUACUAUGUUAUUCUGCAGUCACUUUUAGACCACCACAAUGGAAGACAGCUCCUUAUCAUCUUAGAAAAUAAUUCACACAGAAGGAUUAGUGAAAUGAAAUGAAACAAAAAAACAAAACAAAACAAAAACUGUUCUGUGUUCUAUAAUUCAGGAGCUGGAAUUAUUCAUUGAUAUUUAAAAUAUCAAACGAGUUGAGGCCCCAGAGGCAGCUUAGUUAAUUGACUUGUUUUGAUAUCCUUUGGUGCUUUCAUAUUAAUUGAUGUUUCUUUUUUAAGAAGUUUGUUUUUUGUAGUCCUUACUAUUUAUACGACAUUCAAUGAAAGCUGCCUCUGUUCUAUCUCGUGUCCAGUUCUGCUGGUCUUUAUAUGACUUUUGUGUUCUGCUGGUCUUUAUAUGACUUUAUAUGACUUUACGCUGCUUAAUGGCUGCUACUUUUUAUGAUCUCUCAUUGUACCUUUUUAAAUAACAAAAUGUGUACUUUUAAUUUUAAAUAAAAGGAUUAGCUCUUUCUGCUCACACACCAUAAAGGAGAUUAAGUAGAGUUGUAAAGUUCACUAGGAAGUUGUGAGAAGAAAUUUGGAUGCAAGGUAGGUUUAAAUCUGCUAGUUAGGUGUAACUGUUCAACAAAUACCUGCUGUGCAUACCAGAAGCUGUGUGCCUUCUGCUUGGUAUUCCCAUUUACUUUCUCAUUCCUAUGUCACUUCCUCACUUUCCCAAGUAGACAGAUCAUGUUUUUUAAACUCUUUUGGACUUAAAAUUGCUUGUUGUUCAGCAGAACAAGGAGCAAAUUUAUGUUCUGCCUUACCACUGAAUAAGAUCUUAUCCCAUCACUUGUGGAUUUUUAGGAGACAUUGAAAUGGUAUAUUUGCAACUACAUAUCUACUAAUCUGCUUUUAAAAACUGUAAAGGUUGUUUUUCCUGGAGACAAGAUUAUGCCAGUGUCCACAUUCUUCAUUGCCUGAUAAAGGAUACAGACACACUAGUUUAUGAAUAAUGUGACUUUGUGCAUUUGAGUGUAAAUAGCACUGGUAGCAUUACUACUUUUUUGUAAUCCAGUACAGAUAGAUUCCUGUGCCUGUCAACAAUCUGAAUAUCCUUGUUUGGUUGUACCGCAGCUUGUUGCAUUUGCUCAGCUAAUCCAUGAUAUGAUGACCGAUAUGUCAGCUCAUUGCACUCAGUUUGGACUAACUCACAGUAAUACUAGGAAUUUUAAUCACUGCAGACAUACCUUAAAAAGAGGUACAAGAUAUGUUUAUCUCCCAAAAUGUUCGCUUUCUGUCGUAGUUAGUGUUAGCAUAGAUAUAUGUUGCACAGAAACUGAAAAAAUAUGUCAGUGAACUUUGCACUAGAUGAAACACUCUAAUUAUCUGACUGCAUUAAACAGGUAGUAAGAUUAAACAGGUAAUAAACCAAGAAAGUAACACACUUUAAAUAUUUUCAUAACUCCUCCUUUCUAAUAAAACUUGUUUCUUGGUUUACUGAGGGAGUUCACAUGAGUACUUUCCAAACAGAAAGAUUAACAGUCCUUCAGCCGAAGAGUUUAAACAAAGAUUAAUUCCCCCUGUGCAUACUGUUCUCAAGGAUGUUGAAGAAAAGUGAUGUGCCAACAAAGAGAAUAAUGUCUGUGCUACUGGAAUUGCUGUUUUGAUUAUUUUGGCUUUGGAAUAAACUAAAUGUAUUUAUUUUAUUUACUUAUUAAAUUUCUAUACCGCCCUUCAUCCAAGGAUCACAGGGCAGUUUACAAUAUAGAAAUACAAAAAUACAUACCAUAGUAACAAACAAAAACAAUGCUCCCCCCAAAUACAUAAACAGUUUUAAAAGGCCAUAGAUUGUUUAAUUAGCCCAAGGUAUGGGAUAAGAAGAACGUUUUUGCUUGGUACCUAACAGUAUGUAACAAAGGUGUCAGGUGAGUCUCCCCAAGGAGAAUAUUCCACAAAUGGGGAGCCAGUGCAGAAAAGGCCCGUUCUCAAUUUGCUGCCCUCUGGACCCCUCAUGGAGGAGGCACAAGAAGAAUGGCCUCAAAUGAUGAUCUCAGGGUCUGGUUCAGUUCAUAUGGGGAGGGGUAAAUUGUUAUCUCAGUGAUGCAUUAAAUAAGUCUUUUAAUAUAGAAUCAUAGAAUUGUAGAGUUGGAAGGAACCCCAAGGGUCAUCUAGACCAACCCCCUGCAUUACAGGAAUCUGAAUGCAGUCUCCCAUCCAAUUUGAAACUGUACCGGCUUGGCUUAGCUUUGCAAAUAUGCCAGCAGUUUUAUUGAUGCACCACUGCUUAGCAAUCUCAUGGACAUUCAAAAUGACAUGGUAAUCCUAUACAUAUCUGCUCUACUUCUAAAUAGAUAUAUAUAGGAUUACAUUGUCAAUUAGCCUCAUUGAAUUCAGUGGGACUAACUCUCAAGUACAUAGGACCACAACCUGAAAAAUCUGACUCUUUAGAUUGUGUGACUUGCUCCUCUGUAGUGUUUUAUCACACACCUGUGAAUGCAUGAAAACACUCCUAAAUGGAAGUUAAUUCUGUUAUUAAACAACAACAAUUCAUCUGUAGGGCUGCUGUGUUACAUUAUCAAUGUUAGGACAAUACCCUUAUUAGGCCAUCCAAAGCACCACAAAAUAAUGUGCAACCUUUCAAGUUCUCCAGUACUUUUCAUUAGACCAGAUGAUAAAUAAACCAUUAGUGGGUGGAGGAAUAAAAGUUAUUUUUGUUGAUGUUGAAGCCUUGGAAACUGUACCUGGUCACAGUCUUAAGACGAAAGUUCUUAACCUGAAGCACUAUUUCUGGGUUAGCAGAGUCUGUAACCUGAAGCGUAUGUAACCCAAGGUACCACUGUAUUAUAAAAGAGAAAUUAUUUGCUUAUACAGUGGUACCUCGGGUUACAUAUGCUUCAGGUUACAUACGCUUCAAGUUACAGACUCCGCUAACCCAGAAAUAGUACCUUGGGUUAAGAACUUUGCUUCAGGAUGAGAACAGAAAUCGUGCUCCGGCGGUGUGGCAGCAGUGGGAGGCCCCAUUAGCUAAAGUGGUGCUUCAGGUUAAGAACAGUUUCGGGUUAAGAAUGGACCUCCGGAACGAAUUAAGUACUUAACCCGAGGUACCACUGUACUCUCAUUUCUGAUAGUCUGCUGAAUGCACAAACAUAGUAUGCGGGACUGGUCUGCCUGCUACCUCCUUUGACAUGUAUAACAGAUAAAUGGAGGGCUAGGCAGAAGAAUGAUUUGAUUGGUUUUAAUAGAAUGUUUGUGACUGCUUUUGCUGUGGUAUAAUUUUUCUGCAACUUAGAAAACUUAAGCAGUGUGCACACCAUACAUUAACCGCCCCCCACCAUCCUAAGAAGUGUAGUUUACCCCUCACAGAGCUAUAAUUCCCAGCACUACAGUUCCUUUUAUUCAGUUGGGUGUGAUGUGCUUAUAUGUAUGGCACAUACGCAGCCUUAGUUUUCAAACAACGUAAGAAUCAAGUGUAGGUGAAUCAACUUGGCAGGUCCUUUAACACAGCAGGGUGAAGGGUACUUGGUAUUACAGAUUAUAUCCCACUCCUUAGAAACUUACACAAAUAUAUUUGGAGCUACUCUGACUCUUCUUGACCGCAGACUUAUUUGGGCCUCAGACUUAUAAAGAGAUUACCAGCUCCAAGGAAAAGUCAGAUAAUUACAAGUGUGGCAGAAAAGCAGCCUUUUUAAUGUUUAUAAGUACAGCUAUGCCUUGGAGCUUUGUCACUUUAAUUAUGAACAUGGACAAGCUCAGGAAGAGGGCAAGCACACAGACAAUGCCCUAUUAUAUGUAAUAAGUGAGGGAGAAUGGCAUGCAUUAUAAACAUUAACACGUGUUUCAAAAUGACUGAAAAAUAAAAAUAGUUUUUAAAAGUUCAUUUUAGAAAGCAUAUACUGUCUGUGAUAUGACUGGAAAUCACAUAAAUGCAUCAGCUAUAGGGUGGCACUGUUUGCACUAGUGGCAAGAAAAAUAAGGGCAACCUUUCUGGAUAGUGCAAGUGCCAAACCCCUGGGAUGCUGACUAGAAGGAAUGUUUUUAAAUUUUAGAUAUUGUAGAAUUUGUCCUGGUCUGGUGCAUGAAAUGUCUUUUGUUUUAUAGUUUGUGAUUUGUGCUCAUGCUGUAUUGUGAUGGCCAUUGGCUAUAAACAAUAAAAUUUACUGGAACAGACUGACAAAAAGUAAAAGUUCUCAGGAGAAUUAAAUCACCAAUAUUACUCAUAUUCUUCUCCUAAAAAUAAUUCAUUUAGUGCAUGACCUUUAUUAAACCAAACAGAAAAAUGUGCCAACUAGAUGUUUCCAGACCAAGCCUGCCAUUAAGCAAGUCAGUUGUAGCAAAAGAAGGUGUGGUUUGGGGCACGUCCAUCCCUCAGCUGGAAGAAUGCAAGUGAAGCAGAGAGAGUGAAAUAUCAGUGCCAGCUGUCCAUAAAAUAGUGGUUACAAAGGAAUCAAGCACAAUCUCUCUUCUUGGCUUGAACAGAGGGGCUGCAAUGGCAGAUACUCAGCACCUGCAAUGAUUUUGUUUCAACCUUGAAGCCAUUGCAGGUGCUUGUCUUGGGCUCAGGAGAGGGUCCUAGGAAGCCAUCUUCAUAGCUGAGAUAAAGUUGCUCAAGUCUGGAACAUGUUCACCCCUUCAGCCCAUGAUGCCAUUUCCUAUUAUGGGAGGAAAACUGGACUUGGAAGAUGUUCAACUGAGAGUACAUGUCUUCCAAAUCCAAUUCGUCACGACCCCAUCACUUUCAGAUCCUAGCUGGAGAACAGAAAGCUAGAGCAAUCAUGUUCUUCUUUAGGCUAACUAUUGCUAAAAGCUUGCUUCUGCAUGCUACUUUCUGCUACCCAUGUUUGUUUCCUGACCACCCCUUAAUCCUGUAGGUUUGGGGCCGUGUGCUUUUGCAAGUGAGUCUGGAAUUCUAAUAAUAAUGGUAAUAAACAGUGUUUUUUAUGUAUGCCUCUGGGUGUCCCCACUUGGCUGUAGGGACCCAUUCUAGAACUUUCCCCUCUUCCGUUUGGGGCUCACAGGUGCAGGGCCGGCCCAAUACAUUUUGGCACCUGAGACGAACCACAAAAUGGUGCCCCCCUUCCCACCAGAGUGGAAAGGGUGAGUGAACAUCUACAUCAGGAACAAGGGGAAGAAUAAAGCCCUAGAUUGGGAUCUGGUGCCCCUGUGGAUUCUGCCACCUGAGGCGGUCACCACACCUUGCCUCAUGAGUGGACUGGCCCUGCACAGGGGAAAUCCCAUAGAAAGAGUGCUGCUGAAAUGGCACAAAGGCUGUUACUCCAGUAAAAGUCAUACUACAUUUUAAUAUUAAUGUAUGUUUGCUGAACAUGCUAUAUAAUGUUUUCUAUGAAUUAUAGUGUACAUCGUAUUUCUUAUUACCUUAAUAAGCUCAACAUCGUUACAUUGUCUUAGUUUUCAAGGUGUAAACAUAUUAAAUGCAUACACUAACAUACAGUGGUACCUCGCAAGACGAAUGCCUCGCAAGACAAAAAACUCACUAGACGAAAGGGUUUUUUGUUUUUUGAGCUGCUUCUCAAGACAAUUUUCGCUAUGGGCUUGCUUCGCAAGACGGAAACGUCUUGCAAGUUUGUUUCCUUUUCUUAACACCGUUAAUACAGUUGCGACUUGACUUCGAGGAGCAACUCAUAGAACGUGGUGUGGUAGCCUUUUUUGAGGUUUUUAAAGACUUUGGUGAUUUUGAAGCUUUUCCAAAACUUUCCCGACACCGUGCUUCGCAAGACGAAAAAAAUCGCAAGACGACAAAACUCGCGGAACGAAUUAAUUUCGUCUUGCGAGGCACCACUGUACCUCAUUCUUUUCUUGUGGUUUCAAAACAACCCUCACAAGGAGCAGGAUUUAGAGAGUUUGAAUAUUGGCAUCUCAUUAAUACUGAUAUUUCCAUUUUUGUGCUAUAUUUGAUAUCUUCCUGUUUAACAGUGUUAUAACAGAAAAUGUAUUUCAUGGUUGAUAUUGUAGCAGUUAAUAGUAGCAAAAUAUUAGUACCAAUAUAUCUAAUAUGAUGUAAUCCUUCUUUUCAGGUAAUAGAAUCAUUGGGAAUUAUUAUUUAUAAAGCACUGGACUAUGGCUUGAAGGAGAAUGAAGAGCGAGAGCUAAGCCCCCCCUUGGAACAGCUUAUUGAUCAUAUGACCAACACAGUAGAAGCAGAUGGGAGCAAAGAUGAAGGUUAUGAGGCUCUGGAUGAAGGAGUAGAAGAAGAAAAUGACAAGGGAGACGUUGAAGUUAUACAUUCUUAUCGAGAUGUCAUGAAGGUACAGACUGGUUAUCUGAUAUUGUUAUUUAUAUUGUUUAGUACCUUUUAACUGCAAUACUGACAGUUGUAGUUCAAACACUGGUCACAUUAUCUCCAACACACAUAAUGUUUGCUUAACCCUUUUGAUUUCAACAGACUUCAGUGCAUACUUUAGUACUUCAUUGGGUUGUAGCUACCUUGCAUAUAUUUAUUUCUCACAUGAAAUUUCCUGAUAAUUCUAGACUUUUGCACAUAUUAAAACUGUAUAAGGACACAGUAUAGAUUCCUAUGACAUACUAUGGUUGUAUUAUGGAUCAUCAUCAGAGGCUCUUCUUCGUGGGUCUCCUCUGUGACUUGAAAAUGGGCCUUUCCUGCAGUGGCUCCCCACUUGUGGAGGGAGACUUGCUUGAUGCCUUGGUUACAUGUUUUUGUCUGGCACAUGAAUAUAUGUACUAAUGUAUUUCUGUGGUUUUUUUAACCGAUUGUGCCAGUUCCCUAUGGAACAGGAAUGAAGUAGAUGGCUUAAAAUGCAAAAGGAACAUAUGAAAGGAGGUUCUCUUUAACUCACUGGUGAGAGUUUCUUCCAGUCUCAGAGUGCUUCCAGACUGUUGCUAUAUUCAGGUGUGAUUCAGUCACUUAGUGGCAAAUUCAGUCCAUGCAUUUAAAGUUGGUUUGGAGAACUUUUACAGCAUACCCAAUUCCUUCCAAAAUUGGACUUUUUACCACAAGGGAAAGUGAUAGAGAGUUACACUGGAAAAUGUGGGGAAGUAUUUGCUUGAUGCAACAUUGUCUAAUCUCCCUUCAAACAACUGCUUUGAGAUUUUAUCUACAGUCAAGCAAUAUAUAAAUUUUACGAAAUAAUAAAUGCUCAAUAAAUAGCCACAUUGUCUAAUCUCCCCACAAACAAACUAGGAUGAAUGAUUCAAGAAACAGGUGGUCUGGAAGUAACCACAGGGAGAAAAAUGGCUCUGGAAAAGAGGUUCCAGGGAAAAGGGAAAGUGAGGGAAGGUGUUCAGCAACCUCUUCUUACCUGUGCCUUCUGCUCUUUGAAUUUCCCCCAGUCAGACUUCUCACUUUUAUAGGGAUUUGACUGCAACCCAGUUUUAAUUUGUGGGUCUGUUACUAGUGUGUCUUGUUUGAACUUUAUUGGCCUUCAGGCAUUUUAUUGAUAUUUGUAGUAUAUUUGAGUGCAUUGCUAAUGCUGCACAUAAAAAGACAAUUUGUCCACAGUUUUUUCAUACAAGUAGAUCUGUGGAAUUAGUUUUGUGGUAUAAUUUUUGCUACACCCUUUAUAGGGAUAGUGUGCUGCUAAAGCAUAUUUAUAGCUGGUUAUAGAUUAUGUAACAGUGACACGGGUGGCACUGUAGGUUAAACCACUGAGCCUAGGGCUUGCCAAUUAGAAGGUCAGCGGUUCGAAUCCCCAUGAUGGGGUGAGUUCCCGAUGCUCGGUCCCUGCUCCUGCCAACCUAGCAGUUCGAAAGCACGUCAAAGUGCAAGUAGAUAAAUAGGUACCACUCCUGCGGGAAGGUAAACGGCGUUUCUGUGCACUGCUCUGGUUCGCCAGAAGCGGCUUAGUCAUGCUGGCCACAUGACCCGGAAGCUGUACGCCGGCUCCCUCGGCCAGUAAAGCAAGAUGAGCGCCGCAACCCCAGAGUCGUCCACGACUGGACCUAACAGUCAGGGGUCCCUUUACCUUUUAUAGAUUAUGUACCUGUGACACGCUCUCUUAGGGAGUAGUCCUAAAUAUGGGAAGCCAGUGUAAUUAAGCCACUUUAAAUAAAGUCAGCAUAAAGUGCACGAGAUCCAAACUCCAUCCUGAAGCCUGGCACAGGGAAAACAAGCCUUUAAAAUAGCAUCUGAUUUGCACCACUCUUUUUUUGCUGAUGUAUGUUCCGGUGGUUGCCAGGUCACGUAACCAAGCUGAACGGCGUUAGGAUCCAGCCUAAGUCUUCCCUUGCCUGGUCUUGCCCUCGCUACUCACCUGGAAUGCCCAUUUUUCAGGGCAUGUGCUGGCAUUAGUUCAGCCAGUCUCAGGUCAGUCGGCUUAGCCCCAGCUGGAGUACAAUGAGAAAGUUAUACUGGAGUAUCUCAGUCUGAGCCAGGAUUGGUUACUUAUGCCAGCGUAGUAUGACAGAGCUGUGAACCUGCUGGCUGAGCUGGAGAUCUACUAUAUCUUAACUCAGUCUUCCCAGUGAAUCUAUUGUUAGGCUUGCACCCUUACUCAUAGCAGAUCAUUCUCAUUUGCUGGUAGAAGUUCCAUAAGCUAUUUGCUUGCUGAUUUGAACCUACCAUUCUUCAAAUAUCUGUCUUUAAAGGGACAGAGAAUGUUAUUUUGGCUCUGUUCUGUUUUUUAUUCAGCAGCUUGCCUAGAGUACAGAUGCGAUAACUGCAAUGCAAAUCCUCUUAGGAAUUUCACCACUGCAUUGAUGUAAUUUUCUCCCCAACCCACACACCUUCAUCACAUUCCACUUUCCUACAAACUCCUAGCAGAGAAGUCUGCAUAUCUGAACCAGAUUAACAUCUUAAUGCAUGUAUUGUGUGGCAACAAUUGAGUAGCACUAUGCAGCAUUGCACUGUAGUAGUAUCUGAUGGCAUUUUUUGUGUUGUGAUAUUUGUGUCAGUUCUAUUUUAUUAACACAUUCAUUACUGAGGGUGUAUGCAACAAAUUUAGUACCACUGUAAGGAAGAUAGUUGGAGGCAUGUGGGCUACUUUACUGCCCUUUCACUCAUCCAUGCCCUUUUCUCUCUUUCUCUUUUUUAGUUCUAGAUAGCCUCUUUACAGUCAGUCUCAGGAAGGAGUAAAGCCUACCACAUAUGUAUGGGCUAUGAACUGUGAGUGAGCUGGAGUAGUGGGGAAGAGAGUUGGCUCUUUAGUCCUGAACUCAGACCAAUCUUCUUUACCACCAAAAUAUGUUGAUACUACAUAUUUUAGCUAUGACAGAUACAAUCGAAGCAAGAUACAGAACAGUUGAAGAGGGAGUAGCAGCUUUGUGGAUAUGAAUUGUUCUACUGUAUUUAUUUAGUGUUGUCAGUUUACCUUCUCUCAGUCAGGCAUGGAUAAUUCCUUCAGUGAUGGGGGAAAAAGAUUAAUACAUCAAUCUGUAUGUUCAUGUUAGCAUUUACUUUGCAUUAAAGAAAUGCAUGUGGCUAUAUGUACUUUUCUAACAGGUUUAUAUGGGUGAUAGCUACUGAAAUACACCAGUUACCUAUACCUUUCCCAGUUGUGCAGAUAACCAUGGAUCUGCCCUAGAACUGGGCCUCUGAGGAUGGUCUCAUGUCUGGGAUAUAUGAUGAAGCAAAGAAUAACAUGAGCAUAUGCGCAAUGCCAUGUUAUUGAGUAACCAUAAAAAGCUCCACCUGAAGGUGAAGAGAUCUUGGUAACCUUGAGUAUCUGCAAUUCCUGCAUGACAAAUUGAGCACGACUCUGGUGGUAGUGUGUUGGAUUAAGCUUUGACUAUCUUUUCUGUUUCUGGAUAUGUAGUAUACAUCCACAGUGUUUGAUGUAAAACUUCAGAUACUUAAAACCUCAAUACAAAUUUAUGUAAUACUCUUUACACAGACUUUUAGAACUGAAAGUAUUCAGGUCAUCCAUGAAUUUGAAUUAUAUUUCUAGUCCUGCUAAUCUAACUCAAACCUCUUGACACAUUGAUCUUAAAGCUUUACAGUAUUGCAGUAUAAAUCUUCAGUAGUCUGAAGAAGUUGCUGUAUAUUUAUUUAACAAUUUUCAGACCCCCCUUUCCCCCUGCUGAUAUUCAAAAGUGCUUUCAGAAUCUGUUGCUGACAGAAGCAAGUGUUUUAUAAAAGUUUGAGUGCAUUACUGUUCAUUGAUGUCAAAAAAAGGAUUCAUUUCUCAUUAAAAAAUGCAUUUCCUAAGCCUUUGGGUACUUGGAACAUAUAACCUUGUCAUAUCCUAAACAUGGUUUCACUUUAAUGAACCAUAAUGGGUACUAUGCAUUGUUAUGUUAAGAAAACUCCUGAAAUUAUGCUAUGCAAUUUUCUUGCUUCAUUGUUCAAAGGGGAAAUUCUGUGUUCUCUAUCAACUGUGUCAAACUGCAGUUUCUGUGACCCACCAUUAGUUUUGGUUGUUAACUGUUAACUUUAAGAGAUAUAUUUCGUAAGGCAAGGUCAGGUUGAAAGUUAGAUGGCUCAUAAAUUUUAAAAGAGUUCAAGCUCAUAGGUGAUAUUUUAAAUGGAUAUGAGUUGAGAGGAAAUACUAUUCCUUAUGGAAUUUCUAACUUUAUAUUAGAUUUUAUCAUUCUUGUUUAAUAACAAUGUUUAUCUCUCGUGUGUCUGUAUGUGUAGGGUUAUUGCCAAUUAAAUCAUACUCAGAGUAGACCAUUGGAAUCAAUGCACUUGGUUGACUUUCCCAUUGAUUUUGCUUUGUCUAUACUAAAUAAGACUUGAUUAGCUACCAUCCCAUGAGCUUGUAUUCUGUCCACUUUGUUCAGAACACAGGGCCAGUACAAGACAUUUUGCUGCCUGAGGCGAAGGACAAAGUAGUGCCCUCCCUCAAGGCACAUAAGAAGCCAAUUAGAUUGGAAGUUGAAUCUUGAUGCAAUAUUGGUGAAAGGACAGUGUCCUGAACUGCGCUUGAGGGCAGCAGACUAGCAUAGGGAGUACAGGGUAGGUCACGUGGCACUCAUAGCUCUGGUCACUCCCUGCAUCUCAGCAUCUGCUGCCAGAGGCAGCUGCCUCACACUGCCUCAUCUUAGGGCUGGCCCUGUCAGAACAGUGCAGAUUCAUGGGUUUUGUUGAUUUAGAUUAUUUCUCAAAUCAUGUUUCUUAUACUGGGAAAUUUUGCAGGUAGCAUUUUAGAUACAUCAGGGAAAGUUGUUUAAUAACUACCAAAUCAUACAUGUUAAUUAAAAAAACAACUGACUGCAGAUGCAAAUCAAAGAGGCCUGUUCAGUCACUUUGUACCACUGCAGCUACAGCAGCUGAUAUGGCAAAUUUGCUUUUCAAACUGAAAUGCAGUGUUUCUCCUUUGGGAGUUUGAGUUGCCAAAUUGGAUAUUCAAGCUUACUUUCUCAAGUUUUUGUUUGGCAGGACAUUAACUAGGAGCUCUGCACUGCUGUCUUGCUGCCAGCAUGCUUUUCAUGCAGAUACUGACAGAGAAGAAGCAAGUUGCAGCAUAAAUCCUUGGGCUGAAAAUAUGCACUGAAUUUUGGGGUUGUUUGAGGGGAGAUAUCUCGGUCAGCCUCUCAUUGAGAGAAAUUGAGGCCAGGAACUCAAUAAAAAGUAUUUUAGAGAACUGAGGGCUAAAUUAGAUUUGGCUGCAACACCUUCUCUGUUUAUAUCUCAAACAAUAUAUGGAGAACUAAACCACCUCUCCUUCCUGAUUUUAAAGUAAAAAGGGAUAUUCUGCUGAGAGUAAUGUAGCUAGUACUGAAAAAUAUGAUCAGUAAAGGGAAUUGAUUGCUAUUGCAAAAAUAUUCUCACAUCUGAACACUUGUUUGUUUGUUUAUCCCUUCCUCCCAAAGGUGCCUAGGGUGGCAAUAAAACAUCCCAAUCUCAAGAUUGUUUAAAAACCUAAGAGUCCAACUGGAUCGGGUCAAGAUGCCAUCCAGUCUAGUACUGUUCUCACAGUGGCCAACCAGAUGCCUAUGGGAGGCCCACAAAAAGGCCCUGAGCAACUGAUAUUAAGAGGUAUAUUUCCUAUGACAGCAGAGGAAGAACAUAACCAUCAUGGCUAGUAGCCACUGAUAGCCCUUAUUCUCUUUGAAUUUGUCUUAUCCCCUUUUAAAGCCAUCCAAGUUGGAGGCCAUCUUGUGGGAGCAAUUUCCAUGUGCACUGUGUGAGGAAAUACUUUCUUAUAUCUGUCCUGAAUCUUCCAGCGUUCAGCUUUCUUGGUUGUGAAGUAGAUAUGAACAUUUCUUUAUGAUGUAUUUGAAAGGCAUUGAGAUUGGGAACUAAUAUUUGCGGUUGUCUUUUUAUGAUGUGCUGAUAUGUUCCUGUGCAGGGAGAUGGCAGCUUUUUUAAAUAGAGGGGGAAGUUAAGCCUCCACACCACUGUUUUUAAUGUAAAAAAAUGUGAGAGGUGACAUCAGAUAGACCUCAUUGUUUUACCUAGUUUGGCCCUUAGUGACAUAGCAGUGUUAUAGCCACUUGUCAAAACAAACCUAAUUGCUAAAGCAGAAUGAAGUGCCUGACUUUCAGACAGACAAGUUGUACUGAUCGGUUCCAAAGCUGAUCUGAUCUGUCUGUGAGUUCAUCUCAUGGUACAAACACCUUUGCUGUCCAGACUUUAACACUGAUAAGUACACUGUGGAGUGGGUUGCAUCUUUCAGUUUCACUAUCAGCAUGAUGGUGUUAAAUCCACCCAGGCAAAUUGGAUAAGACAGCAAAUAAUCUGAACUGAGGAUCAGCAAGUCAAUCUCUUCUUUUCAUCCCUGAGCAUAGACUUUACUGUCCUUAAAGUUUUAGCUGUGCUGAUUAAAGAGCGGCUCUAGAGAAAAUCACAGAAAUUGGAAAAGUAACACAAUUAAUAGUCUUCUGAUGUUCGCCACUAUGCGAUGAACAUUUUAUUUGAAAUAGGUCUAUUAAUUUUCCUAUUUCAGUAAAUAAGGACAAAAUAUAUUAUUCAGCUGUACUUGAAAAGCUUGUGUUAUGCAAAGUCAUAGCUGCUGUAUAUAUUGCAAUAAAAACAGCUAACAGCAAAGAAUGACAAAGCAAACAGAAAUUUAUACAUCCAUCAGCAAUACAUUAUCAACCAUAAUAUCAGCAGGAGCAUGGCAGUGUUAUGGAACUUCUACUUUUCACACUUUCAGUUGGAAAGUCUCCAGAAGCCAGGCAUGAUGUUCAGAUAAUAUGGGAAUAAAAUACAUUCUUGUGAAAGUAAUGAUUGAUCAUGAAAUAUUGACUUUCCAUCUUAAGUAACUGUCCAUCACAGAAUGGUCAACAAUAAUUGUCCAUGGAAAUGUCAUCCAUGGAAAUGUCAACCAUCUGCAUUUAAGACGCCUCUUGUUUCUGGCUUAAAUCUUUAGGUAUGCUUUAAAUUUGCAGCUUCACUGGAAGCAUAGCAUCUGAUAUGCUUUCACAAUUGUUAGUAACCACAGAAAGAAAACUUAUCAAAAUAAGCUGUUCAGACUUAUUUCUCAGAAUUACUUCACCUUUUAGGUAUUACAUUUGCUGACUGUGUAGUCUGGGGGUUUUUUGGAUUGGAAACUAUAGUUGUGUGUUUUGUGGAAAGGAAAUAUUAUACACCAGAUAUUGUUUUUGAAUUAUGAUUUUGAGACUUGGAACUAGCAAGUUCUUGUUCUAAAUUCUAGUUCUUGUUGUUCACCACCACCUUCCAUCCUGCAUUUUGUUGAUUGAUUCAUAUUAUCUGCUUGAUAGUUUAAAUCUUGAUUUCUGUUUGUAAUGGCAUUCUAUGCAAACAUGACUUUGAAUCACUGUGCUGUGGAAGUACAUAGAAAACUGUACCUCUUAGCAUAGCAUUUGUGUUCUAGUGCUCUUUGUUCCUUUGGUUACAGUAGACAAUAGUCCAAUUGAUUCUGCUAUAGUUCUGAGGUUGGAGAUCCAAGUUUUCAUUCACAUUGUGGAAAGUUCCACCUAUUAGUCUGUCAGUGCAGACCUGUUUUGCUUCUGUUAUCCUUAUUUCUUAAGUAAAUUUGAGAAGAAUGGAGCCCUCAUGAUUCCAGUUAAUACCUCAGAAUCCUUGCAGUAUUAAGCUCAUCUCUGCUGAGGACACAUGCCUUAUUGUCUAAAAAAUUUAGGGGGAACUAAGCAUGACAUUAAAUGCAUAUUGUUUCUUGGAAGCUGCUCUUUCCUUUGGGAAUAAAUCCCCAUUUGGUGCUAACAGGAAUAAUAAUUUCAGAGGAAGAAUUUUCUUCAGACUGCAGUAAAGGAGGAAAGGGCUACAUUCUCCUUUGUAUGUUAGAGGGAUAUGCUAGGGGAAAGCAGUUUACAGUGGUCUUGCAAUGUAGUCUACUGUUAAUAUUGCAGGUUGGAGAUGAAGCUGAGGCUGCUUUGGAUUCACAGUAAAAAUGUCCUUGUGUUCCAGCAAAAAUCAAUCUACUAAAAAUUGCUCCUUCAGACAUUCUCCAAGGCCAAAUCAAGUACACAAUUGCAUGCAGAAGCUUCAUGCUCCAUUGACUUGGAUGCAGACUGACUGCAGUAUUAAAUGUUCAGAAACCUUUUUUAAAAACAGAAAAAAUGGGCACCACAUAGAUUCAUAGAGUUGGAAGUGACCCAAUAACAUACAAAUUACAGCAGUGGCAUGCUGAUUUGGGGUUUGUUCUUUUAGCCCCUCAGGCUCACAUAACACAUGCAUACUUACAUGCCCUGGUUUUAAGGUGUAAAAAUGUCGUCGGGGGGAAUAUUGCUCAAUUGGCAAAAUGUCAUGGAAAACCCAGGUGAAUGGCAACUCUAAAAGCACUGUUUUUGGUUUGUUCCAAAGAAAAAGAAAGAAAAAGCUUAGGCUCUUCUUAAAAAAAGCCUAAACAACUUUUACUUUUUGGCAACCCUAAUAAAUGUCGUUGUGACUUUGCUUAAUUUUUAACCUUGAAAUCUUUGCCUUUCAGAUCAAAUUUUAACAAUAAACCAUAUUAUUCAUUCAUUCAUUUCAUUUAUUAUUUGCUUCCUGUGAAGCAAUUAACAAUAAAACACCCAUAAAAAACACCCACAACAUAACAGGUAACAGUUUCAUAGGGCUGGAUCCAAAGUGUACUGCCUGUGAGCAGAAGGGGUCAUUAUCCAUCAGUGGUUUCCUCACCAAUGGUGUGAGGAGGCAAGCUUUAUUGAUUCUUCCUUGUCCUUGCAGUGCCUCACACUAUUCCACUUCCUGUCCUCCCUCCUCCAGCACAAGCAGAACUCAGCUGAAUGCAAGUCUGAAUCCAGCACUUAGGACUCAUCCACACUUCUUUUCUGCUGCACUUUCUAGGCACAGGUCUGAGAUUUUUAGGUCCCUGUCUGAACAGUUUCGUUUUGUAUUUUUGUCCCACCACGUUAUCAGGGAAAACCCACUGUUCGUCCUGAUUCAACAGUAAACAGCUGGCUUUCCUGGGAAAAGCAGCAGGACAAAAAAACAACACAACACACACAAAAACUUGGACACAGAAAUCCAAGUCCUGUGCCUAGAAAGUGUGGCUGAGCCCUUAGUGUCUCCUUUUUUUGGGGGGGGGUUUCCCUAGGACUUUCCAAACCUUCUCAGGCUCAAAGCUUCUCGAUUUAACCCAUGCUGUGCUUUUAGUUGUAGUAGUAGAUGACGUAUAGGAAAUGAUUAUCAGUAUGUUUAUGCACAGUAAUGCAACCAGAGACUUCAGUGUAAUAAUAAUAAUAAUAAUAAUAAUAAUAAUUUUUUAUUUAUACCCCGCCCUCCCCACCCAAGGCCGGGCUCAGAGCGGCUUACAAGCAAUAAUAAAAACAAGUUGAAUGAUUACAACUUAAAAACAAAAUUAAAAUACAACAUUAAAAUAUUGAAACGUUAAAAUAUUAAAAUGUAGCCUCAUCGCAGGAGAAGGAAAGGAAAAAAGAAAGAGAGGGAGGGAAUCAAAUUGGUUCCAAGCCAAAGGCCAGGCGGAACAACUCUGUCUUACAGGCCCUGCGGGAAGAAAUCAGAUCCUGCAGGGCCCUGGUCUCAUGAGGCAGAGCGUUCCACCAGGUCAGAGCCAGAGUUGAAAAGGCCCUGGCUCUGGUUGAAGCCAAUCUAACUUCCUUAGGGCCCGGUACCACUAGGGUGUUGUUAUUUAUGGACCUUGAGGCUCUCCGUGGGGCAUACCGGGAGAGGCGGUCCCAUAGGUACGAGGGUCCUAGGCCGUGAAGGGCUUUAAAGGUCAAAAGCAGCACCUUAAAUCUGACCCUGUACUCUACCGGGAGCCAGUGCAGUUUGAAAAGCACUGGGUGAAUAUGCUCCCAUGGCAGAGACCCCGUGAGGAGCCUCGCUGCAGCAUUCUGCACCCUCUGAAGUUUCUGGGUCAGCUUCAAGGGCAGGCCCGCGUAGAGCGAAUUACAGUAAUCAAGCCUGGAGAUGACCGUCGCAUGGAUCACUGUGGCCAGGUCGGGUUGGGAAAGGUAAGGGACCAACUGCUUGAUACAGUGAAGGUGGAAAAAUGUCGCCUUGGCUGUUGCUGUAACUUGCGCCUCCAUGGAAAGGGAGGCGUCAAGGAUUACACCCAAACUCUUAAUGGAAGGCAAUGGCACUAAUUGGGCCCCCGCAAGAGAAGGGAGUUGGUCUCUCAUCCCCAUGCUAUCCCGACCCAGCCAUAGGACCUCUGUCUUCGAAGGAUUUAGUUUCAAUCGGCUCCCACGAAACCAUCCAGCCACAGCUUCCAAGCAUCUGGUCAGUGUGUUCGGGGCCGAGUCAGUGUGGCCAUCCAUCAACAGAUAGAGCUGAGUGUCAUCAGCAUAUUGGUGACAGCCCAGCCCAAAGCUCCGGAUAAUCUGGGCAAGGGGGCGCAUAAAGAUGUUAAAAAGCAUCGGGGAGAGAAUUGCGCCCUGUGGCACUCCACACACCAAGGAAUGGCGCGACGACAUUUCCCUCCCCAGUGCCACCUUCUGGGCCAUGUUAGUUCUUGGAUCAAGUUAGUAAUCUCAGCCGCUAACCACAGUGUUACUGUACAUUUCCUACCAUUGCAGUUUCUACGCAACUGUGUCCUUGAGGUAAUGCUAGGCUCGGCUUCUUUUGGAUCCUCUUAAGAGGGUCCAUACACCAUCUGCUAUCUCCCAGGUGGUUACAGUAAUCCCUUCCCCCACACAGAGAAUGCAUUAUCCCUGCGAAGUGCUACACUGAGCUACAAUCUGAAACAAAAUGUCAUGUUAUUUGAUUCCACUGUUCUCUACCUUUUCUCCAGGACCGACUUUGUUUUAGUCACUGUUUAAAGCCAUUCAAUCUACAAAGUAUAUUUAGGGCACUGAAUCUCAAGGGAAGUCUGGAGAUUUCAUGUCAUUCCUGGACAAUACAUUGUUUAUAAGUACCAACACAGUAUUAAUUAUGGUUACAAUAUGGGAAGCCAAUAACAGAUUCCCCCCCCCCUUUGAAGUUUCCUCCCCAAAACUUUGGUAUUUUCUUCUAGACCCUAUUAAUUGAAUCGGAGAGAAUAAAUUAACUCCCGAGACAAAAGGUUUACAAGUAAGGCGUUAUCCCAUGCAUACACAAGUAGAUGUCCGUUGUUCUGAUGUCUUAUAAAAAGCAAAAUAACAACUUGCAUCUGGUCAUGCAAUUCGAAAUCUGUCUUUUGGCUGAGAAAACAAUCUAGCGAAGGACAAAACAUGUCCUACAUACUGAGCAGCAUUUUAAUGCCUUACAUAAGGAUACAUAAACUGAAGGUCUGAAUUCUAAAACAAUAGAAUAUAGCUGCACAUUUUGCUUGCUUAAUAUUAUGUUGGUAGAUUCAUUUUAUAUGGCAUUCUAAUAAUAGCCACCUUGCUCUGAAAAUAGGCCUCUCCUCUAGAGUAAAUUAUUGUAUAUUUAUUUAUGAAAUUUGUGGGCAUUUUGGAAGUAUAUUUUUAUUCUGCUCUUAUUCUUUACCAAGUAUGAAACAUAUGCAGCCAGAAGAUAUGCCUCUUUAAAAACACAGAGUGCAUGUUAGGUGCAAUAGUAUGUAGUAAUAAUAUAUGUUUAAAAUAAUUUUUCAUAUAAGUCCUUACAAGACUUGUUCCUUUUGAUUAUAUUGAAAAAACCUUUUAAAAUAGAAAAGAAAAUGACAGCUCAUGUGAUUUUAUUUUAAUUUUAAAACAUAUAUUUCUUUUCUAGUUUAAAAUGUAAAGAGUUAUGUAAAAAUGAUCACUUUUAAAAUGUUUUUCAUAUUGAAUUUUAAAUUGCUGUAACCCACCCCCUUGGGAUCUUAUGGUGAAGAGUGGUAAAAAAUCCAAAAAUAAGAAGAAGAAUGACAAUAAUCCAGACUCCGCAUGUAUACUAUAACUAGUUGCCACAAGGUACCUGUAUAUUUUCCCUUGUGGGGCAAAACAAAGCUUUGUGUGGUAGGCAAUUCAGACUGGCGCGUGCGCACACACACACACACAUACCCAACCCUGUGCCAUGGUCCCAAUUUAAGCUGGUAGCUGUUUUUAACUUCUUCUUCUUCUUCUUCUUCUUCUUCUUCUUCCUCUUCUUCUUCUUAUUAUUAAUUGAUUAAUCUUCUAUUCGAGCAUCUCAAGGUGAUGCACAAUAACAAAACCACCAAAAAGUAGAUGUAUUUUAAAAAACAAAACAAUAUAAAACCAAUGCCUGUGGCAGAGUUUUCUUCAUCCAACUGUGAAGAACAAAAGUGUCUUCAAUUGUUUCCAGAAAGUGCAGAUAGUGGACACCUGUCAUACCUCGACAAGAAUGCUGUUCCUUAGGUGGGCAACCAUACCAAAAGUCCUGCUCUGAGUCACUGUGGAGCAGGCUUCUGGUAGUUUUUGGAGUUUGCAGCAGAAGCUCGCCCACAUAUUGCAGUGACCUGCUGGGUAUAUAAGUGAUAAAGCAGUUUCUCAAAUAUAUAUAUAUUUAAUUAAUUACAGGAGAUCAGUGAUGGUUCUCCUGUCUAGUUUGGCCCUAAGACUGUCUAACAACAUUUCUGGAGAGCAGGUUAUUCUCCCCCACUGCACUGCUGCCUUCUUUCACACAGAGGAAGCACAGGAGUUGUUUCAAGCAGUGCUUUUGAGAAGCGCUUUAAUUACUGCUCAUCAGCUAAUGAGUGGAGAUUAAAUCCUACUGCUUGGAACAGGGCAUACAGCCAAUUCAGGAUUAAACCCUCUCCUCUCACCCAUCAGCUGAUAUCACCAGUGACGUCAGCUGAUGGGUGAGCAUACAUGGCUUGGAGAAAGUUGCCUUGUGGGCCAAAUUGGACCUCCUGGCAGCCCAAGGUUGGCCUGGAGCCAGAGAUUCCCCACCCCUGAUGUAGAAGGAGAGAAAUGACUUAGGUACAGCUGCCUGAUUUCCUUAUCACAAAUGCCUGUGUGGCUGAAAGGAUGUGAAGAUGGCAGGUAUUAGUAUCAGACAGGAAAGGCAAGAACCAGUAAAUAGAUUUUGACUGUGUGAAUAAAAAUACACAGCAUGGAGAGUGUAUGGUAUGUUUCCAUCUCCCAGGAUUGAAGUGAGGAGCUAACAUAAGGCCUUUGCUUUGCCUCUGAAAUGAAGAUUUGGUGAAAUGUGUUUUAUCUUUCAGUUCUACAGCAAAUGCAUGACGUUAUUCAGGCUGUAUUUUUGCUGCUUAAUCAGAGAAUUGUCAUUAGUUGGUCUUUUUGGUCCCAUGGGAAAGAAUUUUUUUCACUCUCUAGAGAAAAGAGAACAGUAAUACAGCUCUUUUCAAAUGAUGAUUAGAAGUGGAAGCAAGCGUGUAUCUUUUGAACUCUGAUCCCAGACAGACUGAGUUGUUGUGGUGCAGAUUUCAAGGCUUUAUCUGAAAAUGCUUAUAUAGAAGCCAAGUGAGCUCUGAGAAGUCAGUCAGUUGUGAAUAUUUUGUUGUAAUUUGGUUUCACUCUUGAUGAAGUACAUUCAAAUGGAGCCAGAAGUUUUGUUUGAUCUUUCCUGAUAGUUGUGAUUUCUGUUAGCACCAGGCUGGCUGGGAUAGUUGUGCUCCCUACUCAAAUGAGAAUGAACCCAGAGAGAGAAGCUGGCAAGACUCCCCUGUUUACAUAAUGUGACCUCUGAAUGUAGAUGGAAAUGCUCUAAUCUUCUUAGUGAUCUAAGCAAAAACUGAAUACCGCAACCCAGUUUCUAGGCAUCCCAGAAGCUGUUUGAAAAUAAAAGCUUCCCAUAGAAAUUUAGUUAAGCAGCACUUCCACUUCUAUUUUUUGCUCCUGUUGUAAUGUAUUCCAGCUUAUGCACAGACCUUAUUGCAUUCCAGUCUUAUUCCAUGUCUACCAAGUGAUAGAAUAAUCAAAAUACACAAUAAGCAUGCAAAUGGUGGGUGCGUGCGUGCAUUUGUAUAUUUGAUAAUAUUUUAAGUGCAGGCAUUUUAGGUUCUCUUUCUAAAUGGCUCAGGACCACAAUACCUCAAAGACCACACAUGAACCAACCUGGACCCUGCAAUCAUAAUCUGAGGCCCUUUUUUGUGUGCCAAUUCCACCAGAGCCCCAGAGGUCAGCAACACAAGAAUAAGCCUUUUCUGUGGUGGUUCCCUGUUUGUGGAAUGCUCUCCCCAGGGAGGGUUGCCUGGCUCCUUCCUUAUAUAUCUUCAGACGCCCCGGCAAAAACAUUUCUCAGUAUUUAUGCCUUUGGCUGAUUGAACAUUCUAUAGCCCUUAAAUGUGUUUGUAGGAAGGGCAUUAUUGGUUUGUUUUUGUUUUUUGCUUUGUUAUGUAUUUUUUGAACUUUGUGAUCUUUAGAUGAAGGGCAGUAUACAAAUAUAAUAAUAAUAAUAGAGCAAGAACAAUGAUGCUUAUAUCAUGAAAACAUUUGUUUCCCCCUAGCUCUGUGCUGCUCAUCUACCAACUCGAUCAGAUGCACCAAAUCACUAUCAAGCAGUGUGCCGGGCACUAUUUGCAGAAACAAUGGAGCUGUAUACAUUCUUGGCCAGAAUUAAAAGUGCAAGAGAGGUAAGCAUGGUAAAAGUCAUGAGUGUUUGCUUUACUCAUUUUUGAGACUUGUUUCGUUCUGUACACUAAUAUGUACACAUACUAUGUCACAAAAGGUAAUUUUUGCCAGAAUAGGUUGGAGGACAUUCUGUUGUAAGGAUGAUGCUUCCCACUGGACUUGUUAGGUAGGAUUUUUAGAGCCUUUCCUCAUCCUCUUCCAGACCUAGCCUGCCUAUGGCUUUUACUCUCUCUUGAAAUAUUCCUAUAUUUGAACCUUUCUAGUGAUAUGAAAGAUUCUUAUACAGUACAUCAUUUGUGUGUCCCAGUCUGAGCAGUUUGUGUGUGGUUUUGCCCUCCCUUUUCCUCUGUCUCCUCCUGAGAGGCAGGGGGAGGGGCGCAACUGGAGCUGGUUCCCCAGUGGCUCGUUCAGAAUGGUCCUAUUUCUUUUUGUUAUUCCUCUUCAACAAUAUUUCUGUUCUUCAGUUUCAACAGAUUUCUUCUCUUGUCUGUUUCUUUUCAUUUCAUACUCUUACAGUUUCAAGUUUGUUCAGUAUGGUGCUGCAUAUAAUAAACUCUCAGCUAAAUAAAAAUAAAGGGUGGUAUUCAAUGCUAGUUCUACUCAGAGUUAAUUCAUUGACGUUAAUAACUUAGGUUCAUUAAUUUCAUCAGAUUUACUCUAUAACACAAAUUAAUUAUGCAGGCAUUGUGAUAAAAUUAAAUAUUUAAGGGUGAAAUACAACACUAAAUAGAUUGUUCAAUCAUUACAAGCAUUUCUGCUUGCCCAGCAGAAUUAUCUCCCCUCUCCUCCCACUGUGUGCUGUUCAGGGGGUUUUUGGGAAGAGGGGAAAGCCUCAUUGCACUAUCAGGAAUCCUUGUGCUGGCUUCCACUAGAGGAGCCAGCCCUAAGAGUUAAUAAAAUAUGUAAUGGGAUCAAAUGUAAUGCUGCACAUACUUAAAUAUGAGACAGAUGCUGAGCUUUCACACAUUUGCAAAUUUUGAAUGAAAGUUUGAUAUUAAAAUGGCAACCUGAUUUUGGCAACUUUAGCCUUUUAGUAUUAACAAUUCCUUUUGACGACAGAGAUUUGACAGUGACUUGCAGUACAAUCCUAACCUUCUUUACUCAGAAGUACAGUCCUACUGAAUUCAGUGGGGCUUACUUCCAGGUAAAUGAAGUUAAUAUUGCAGCUUUUAGCAUUUAGGUGGUAUAUUAAAAACAUUGAUAGACUUAAAUUUGUGGUGACCAGAAAGCUCUUAAAAUAACUGCUCUCUGGAGAGGUUUAGAGUGUGCACUCUGAUUUAAUGCUGCAGUGACCUUUGGUUCAAUAAAGAAUGAGCCAUUUCCUGUCAAUUCAACAAAUCUCAUUUGAGGAUUCGACUUAUGUUCAAUGUCAUCCACAGGGUCUAUUUUUUCAUGCUGAUAUGAUAAAACUAGAAUGUGUACAGAUGUAUAUAAUUUGUGUGGUGAGCCUGCUGUGGAAGUGCACUCAUUGCAUUUUGUUCAGAAUUACAGCCUUUCCCCCAGAUUGAGUUCAGUAGAAACUUGUUCUGCAUAAUUUUUGCAGAAGCUGACUGUGCACAUGACUAAUUUGCUGGAAGUAGUGAUGUCAUUAAACCUCUUGCCAUGAAACUUAGUGCCCUAAUGUUCAUUUUCAUUAGUUUUUCAUCGUAAUAGAGCAGUCAGGGUGAAUUGGUUUUACAAUUCUGUAAUACAAACAACAACAAUAUGCUUACUCAAUAGAGUUUACACAUCAAGCAUCCAAACUGUCUAUUACCUGUCCUUUUGUAUAGAAAGCAGUAACACUUGUUAUUUAAAAUAAAGAAGGAAAUGCAAUCUCUCUCAAUGGCUCAAGCUUUCAAAUGAUCUCUCAGGGGAGAUUUCCCUGUAUUAUCUUUCCCAACAGAUGUCAACCUUUUCUGGGAUCAUUAAAUUUUCAGCAGCUUUUUACAACAUGUUCUUAGCAAAAAGUUAGUUUAUUUACCUGAAACAACAAUGAGUGAAAUUCAGGUUUCAGUUAGGUGAAAUUAUAAUGGAAUGUGUCACAUUAUUUAUACAAAACUUUCAAUUGGCAGUGGUGCAGAGAUUUCUAGUGUUAAGCAGAGCAGUGUAUAAUCAAAUCUCCUUGGUGGAAAGAUUUAUAUACAGAUGCAGGAAAUAAUAAGAAAGCAAUAGAAGGGAAACAUAUACGCAUGGCUUCAUCUGACACAAACUGUGACAAAUAUGACGCUAUUACAUCAAGUUAAAUAAAGUACCUUUAAAAAGGUCAGGUCUAGAAAUCUAGCAAUAAACCAAUUUAAACAACAGAUGAACAGAUUUCAUUCCUUAUAUUACAAGUUUAUAAGGUUGAUUAUAAGGUUGUUGUAAAUAUUACAACUAGUUAAUGUAUGAGAAGUGCUUUUAACACCUGAAAAUGUUAUACAAAUGUCAGCUAUUUAUUAUUAUUAUUAGUGGUGGUGGUGGUAGUACGGUGAAUAGCUUGGAGAUAGGGCAGGAUGUUCAAAUACAUUUCAUAUUAGGUAUAUGAGUACCCCACCAAAGAGGACCUCCUUCUCAACCUAUAGACUUCACUUUUGGGGGAAACAGAAACCAAUGCAUCCACUCACAGAUAUUAAUGGGCCCCCAGUGUUAGACCAUAUAGACCUUCUAAAGGUAAUAAUCUGCAAAUCUAACUGCCUAGCUUCAAGGCUGAUACCACCCUCUUAGAUCUCAGGUCAGCAGUGUCAUUCUGAAUCAAGUCAUGGAUAACAACUUUUUUAAGCAACCACUGAUCCAACACUGAUAAGCCAGAGUCCAUUCUUGAAGUCGUGCGUUGACAUCAAACCCAGACUAACAAGGGUUGAAGGAAGAACUGAAACAACUGGAACCCCUUUCAUUAACCUUGUGUUGUUUUCUUGCCUGUGCCCCUCCUUUCUCUGUCUCUACCAUUUUGAUUCUGGUCCUCACUUCAUCUCCACUCUAUUCACCAUCUGUUGCCCACAUUGCAAAUAUAUUGGCUGAGAUUCAAAGAUGCCGUUCCACUAGUGUACAGCCUCUUUUGCUUAUGAAAGGGCUGGUUCUGAUCUAUUCUGACCAUACUGCUGCUGUUUCAUUGCAACAUAUCUACCUUCUAUUUUAACCUUCAGAAUUUGAAGAAGAUGCAGGAAAUGGACAGAGAAGGAACUGAUGACUCCAGCGCUGAUCUUGAUGAUUUAAAAACUGCUGAUUGGGUAAUACUGCCUUGUAAAUAAUACACUAAAUAUUGUGGCCAAAUAUUGUGUACGAUUGUGGAGUGUUUUUUGUUUUUGUUUUACUGUUAGUGUUUUUAUUUAUUGAUAAGCAUAUUUCCAAAUCUCCAACUCUUUAAACAUAUUGUGGUAGUGUACAAUAAAAACAUCAGAAUAUCAUAAAUUUAUAAACAUUAUCUAUACAAUUUAUAUAAUACCUAUAAAAGCUUAUAAAAUUUUAUAUUUAAAACCAUAACUAAGAAAAGUUAUAAAAGUUAAUUUAAACUAGUGAUCAUUAUGUUUUGGAUCAGCUUAGUUAUUUUUCUUAGUGGGCUAACAUUUGAUUAUGGAUUCUGAAAAAUAUUAAUGUUCUUGAUUCUUCAGGCUCAGUUUUGGGUGCAGGUCAUGCGAGACUUGCGAGAUGGUGUGAAACUGAAGAAAGUUAAAGAACGUCAGUUCAAUCCUCUUCCCAUAGAGUAUCAGCUCACUCCGUAUGAGAUGCUGAUGGAUGAUAUUCGAUCCAAACGCUAUACUUUAAGGAAAGUUAUGGUAAGCUGUGACAACACAAGUUAAAAAAGAAAUGACCACCUUUCACUGUGUCUUUUGGUGAAAGUCAGGUUUAUGAUUCCACACAUAUCCAUAGAAUAGUGGUGGAAACCCUGCAGCUUGUAUAGAUGGCAUUAUGCAGACCUCUGGACAUUGCAGGCCCGCUCUUGUUCUGUAGACCACUCCUCUGGAAAUUGCAUCCUCUUCCAUGGUGUGUGCAGAGGCAGUUUUAAAGGCGGUGCGACUGGUUUGUCCGCACUGGGUCCUGGUGCCACAAGGGAUGCUUCAACAAUGGUGUAGAACAGAGCACGAGAGGCAGGCGGUGCUGAAUUUUAGCAUUGCAUGGGGCACCGCUGAAAUUUGAGAGCCCAAAGAGAGAGAGGGGGGUGGUGUGUGGGUGUGGGUGUGGGUGUGGGUGUAAGUAAGUAAAAGAGAGAAAGAAACAGACAGUGGGAGACACAGAGAGAGAGCCCAGGCGGAAAAAGCCUUAUAGGGCAUAUAACAUCUUUGUUGCUGGGAAUCACAAGUGGGGAAAGUGCUCUUGCACUCAUAUUCUGUUUGUGGCCUUCAGGCCUAUGUAAGAAUAAAAUGCUGGACCAGCAGCUGCUGUUAUGAUCAUUUUGGCAAUUUGGGUGGGUGGGUGAAAUGGAGGCAAUAUGUAGGUGGAGGUUGCCAAUGGCUGCAGCAAGCAGAAUUCGUCCCAUUGUGCCUUGCUUCCUUUUGGCUGUUGUGAUAGUUCUGGAUUUUUGGUCUGAUUCAUCAAAGAUAAUUCUUAAUGUCAAACAACAUGUUAUUAUCUUCAGUACCCCUUAGCUGAUUGAAGACUGUUGAUGCGUUUCAGUGAUUAUGAUGGUUUUAGGAUGCAUUGCCCUGUUUCCAUUUUCAAAUUACCAGAUGAUACAGAUGUGCAGAUAAAACAUUAGUUUUCUCUCUUUCAGGUCAAUGGGGAUAUCCCUCCACGAUUAAAAAAGAGUGCUCAUGAUAUUAUCUUGGACUUUAUCCGAUCUCGACCUCCAUUAAAUCCAGUAUGUAAUCUGAUAUGUUCCUUUUCCCAGUUAAGAUGUAGCUUUUAAAUAUAUUUUAUUUGCAAUAAUUAUUUUUAUUGAUGCUCCUACCACUUCUCACCUGAAAAAUGCUGUAGAAUAGAAAACACAAACAUUUUCCAUAUAAUCUAUCCCCUUUCAGCUUUAUAAUGCUUGCAUAGAAAGUUAAAACAAGUAACAGGAAUUCUUUUAAAAUAAAACUCUCUGGUAUUUUCACUUUCCUUCUCCCUGCUCACAGUAUAUUGCUCUCAGUAGGUUUUCUCACCUUGAGUUUUGUACUCUUCCUCCCUUCUGUGGCCAAUUCCUGCCCAGACAUUGCCUCUCUUAAUUCCUCACACACUCGUUGGGCCAUUUAACCAGGGACAGGUAUGCCCAAAUGCACUUCCUCCUGUUGGUCAUGCUAUCUUUCCCCCUUGAUAUUUAACAUAUACAGGAUUCAGACAAGCACUAACUUUAUUGCUGCCAGACUCACUGUUGAAUUAAUACGCAUUCCUUACAAACCUAUUUCAGCUAGCCUUGUUGUUUGCUUUCUGGGUUUUUUCAUUCCUGACUCUGUCCACACAAUUUCCAAUAUCAAUUUUUAUUUACACCUGUAUUUCUUGAUUCAAGGAGGGAGAGGUUUUAAUUCACUAUAAAUCAUAUUUCCCAUUUAACUUGUAGCCUCCUAGUUGUUGUUUUCCCCCCUAUCAUCCCCAGUUCCUGAUGAAUAUACCCUUUUUAUUUGAAAAGGGGUGGGGGAAUACUUUAAUUUCUAAAUGGGGCAAGUACAAUUACUACCAAAGAGUUAGCUGCCUUUGCAUUGAGCACUGAGGAGAAACAACAUGAAGAAACAAAGUCUAUCAGACCUGCUAUCUUGAAUUUGAUCUAGUUCAGAACCAGUAAGAUUUAUUAUAUAAGCCUGUCUGGAUCAAUGCCUGAAUCCAUCCCAUAACCCUCUGUGUGUUUUAGUUUACGAAAGACUUCACCAUGAUAAUAAUUUGCUGUACACAUCUCUUGUGAAGUGUUUGGCAUCAAUUCUCUACUUUUGUAUUAAUGUUCACAAGGCCUCUGCAAGAAAACUAAAACCAACCCCACCAAGACCACGUAGCCUCCAUGAAAGAAUACUGGAAGAAAUCAAGUCUGAAAGAAAACUGAGACCCGUCUCUCCUGAUGAGAUCAGGCGCAGCAGGCUAGGUAUUUUGAUUUUGAUUAUAUUAGUCCUGGGUGGUACUCUGCUGAUGAAAUUAUUGUAUAUUGCUAAUGGCUUGUAUCCAACUGGUGUCAUUCCGCUUACUGAAGGCUCAUUGAUGAAGCAGAGCCUUCUAUCACGAGAACAGGGAAUGAGACAUUCUCCAGUGAUUCCCCACAUACCUGCACACUUUUGUGCUGAUUUGGGGGUGUGGGGAAUAAGGGGCUAAAGAGGGAAGGAAAUUGCUAAACAAAACCCACCUGCUGAUUUUGAUAGGUGGUGAUUGUACCUAAGUUGCUUGAUUCUUGCAGGAGUGAAAAAACCAGUAUGUUCACUGAGCUCUCUUCAUAAGAAUAGUCAUUAAAGUGAAAUGGAAUGUCUGCAAGCUCAGGAGCUCUGAUUGCUUAUUAAAAGGCACAUGGGCUCUGUAUUUAUUAAAGUAAUAAUAAUGAUCAGUGAUUUAGACCAGCUAUUUCAAUUUUCAGUUAUUUCAUUUUUCUUAUCUUGGUCUAGGAAAAUAAUAAUUGCUACAGUGAUCUUUGCUGGACACAUGGAGUAGUUUUCCACUAAUUUAUUGACAAGUAGCAGUGGUUGCUUUCCUUUUGUACAAAGCAACAUGUCACUUAUUCUUUUGGUGUAUGGGGUGUGUGUUUUUAACUUCUCUUCCAAUUUCUGCACAGUAGUCCUACAAGAUUCCAUUUAAAUGCAAUAGUGUGAUAUCUAGUCCACAUGUAACAGCUUGGAGAAGAGUGAUACCCAUACCACUUUCUACAUUAAUAAAAAUCAAGGUAGAUAUAUGCUGCAGCAUUGGACACAAGAACACACAUCCUCUCAAAAACUAAAUAAAAACAAGUCAAUGAAAUUAUAGGGCAUUGAUGCACCUGGAAAGAGAUAUUUGUUGUCUGACACUUAAAAAUAAAUAAAUGCUGAAACUCUCACAUAUUAAAACUUUUAUUUAAAAGUCAUAAAACAGCACCACCAUGAGAGGACUUGUGUAUCUACUAUUAAUGUCACAGGCAAUAAAGAAGGAAAUGCCUAUAAAUGGGGAGGGAACCAUCUUCGUCCCCAUCAGGGCACUAGGCUCCACCUAUACCAGCACAGUGUUUCUUUAAUUUUUGUUGUUUUCACUGCUGCUACCAGAAGGCAGAAAAAUUUGCUUAGGGAGGAUGGAUCUUUUCUUCCAAAGUGGAGUUUAGCAACCCCUAAAUUAUAGUGUCAGAAUAUUCAGUGUGAAUACUAUUGCUGUUCAAGUUAUCUAUUUACACAUCCAGCUUUACAGUAUAUAAUUAUGCACCAGCAGUGCAUACUCUGAUUAUCAGCAGUUGCCUAUUUUCAGUUUUCAUGAGAGCAUAGUCAAGUGGUUAAAAGCAUGAGUUGUAAACCAGUUUUAGUUCAAAUUUUAGCAUAUUGGGCAGCUUUAGGCAGACCACCAUUUUUCAAUCUUAAUUCUGCGUCUGUAAUUUGUGGAUAAUACAGGCCUACAUUCCAUGGUUGUUGUAAGGAUUACUGAGUGAAGUAUGUGAAGCACUUUAAGCAUUUAGAGAAAACACUAUAAUCACCAGUAACUGCUCUUUUUACAGCCAAGAUGACCUUAUUCUAAUCAAAAAAAUACUAGAUAUCUUUGAAGAAUAGUUAUUUUGUGCAUUUGGCAAUUUACAGUUGGGAGUAGAGUCAGGGAUUUUAUGCCAGUACUGAGAUUAGUUGACCAAACUAUUUUGAGUACCUCUGCAAUUGCAUGUGCCUACCUCCUUGAAAUGUAGUGCCAUAAUGUUUGCCACCCUCCCUCGCCCUCCUUAUGUAUUUAUGCAUGUAUUUCUAUUACAGAAUAACUUUUUCAGCAGCAUCUUUGUGACAGGAUUCAUAUUUUUUUACUUUACCAGUGAUCCUAAGUACAUUCAUAGCCAUUUCUAACAUGACAAAUUCCCUAUACCAAAAUAAUUUUGAAAUAUAAAAUAGAAUUUACAAAAUCAAAGCUGAAAAAUUGCAGAUCUGUUUUUCCAUGUGUAUAUGCCACAGAAACCUGCUAGCAGUCAGAACUUCCUUGCAAUUAAACAUUGCAAGGAAUGCAACAGUGUACACAAAGAUUUAUAUGCAACAGUGUACACAAAGAUUUAUAUGCAAUUUUCUACACUCAUUUAAGUAAUUUGUCAUGUGUCAAGUGGCCCUUACUGAAAUCGAUGUGACUUCGGGCCAAAUUAGAAGGUAUUAAUCCUGCAUGCAGGCUUCAGGAAAGCCUUUACUUAUGGCUAUGUAAUGUGAAGGCAGUGUAAUGUUUAAAAGAUUAUCACCACAUGUGCAGCCCAGUUAUGCAGAGUAUCUGUACACCAGCAUCAUCCCUGAUGAGAAUGUGCAACAAUGAUAGGUAUAUUAUAGACGUGCAUAUUGGGGGCUGCAAAUGCAGUAAAGAUCUUUUAAAUAUUAUGCUCACUGUGCUCUGCAUGUGGAGUUAAUAUUAGCUAAACUGGCCCUUCCAGGGAAAUACAUGUUUAGGAUUCAGGUGUUAAUGUAUUUCCAACCUCUCAUGAUGCUGUUGCAGUGUUUACACUUACACCUUUACUGCUGUAAAGAAAAAGUGUCUGACUCAUUUCAGAUUUAGAUUGGCCUGUAUAAUACAAUUUGAAAUGUCUCUCAUUUAAACUAACCUUCUGUUUUCUUUGUGUUCCCUUAAAAACAGAUUGUUUUUCUUUUGUCAUUUUGAUUUCUUUUCUUUUCUUUUUCCAGCAAUCCGGCCUCUUAGCAUGUCUUACAGUUUUGACUUGUCAGGUAAAAAGUGCUACAGCACCUGACGUGGUUAUUGUGAUAACUGUAAAUCGUGUUCCAUUCCAUUUCUUUGUUUAAUGUAAGAAAAACAUCUGAAGGAUGUUUUUCCAAAUCCUAGUCUGCAGAUUUUAAGAUUAAUUUAAAUAUCAUCUGAGAUACACACUAAAAUCAUUAGCAUUUGUGUAAACAUUUAUUUUAAAAAAUACUGUAGUUAUAGAAGAGUGAGUAAAUACCCAUUACUCUGACUGGGCACCCAAAGGGAAGGAGUAACUCCUCUAUGAAGAAAGGUUGCGGCAUUUGGGACUUUUAGUUUAGAGAAAAAGUGAGUAAGCGGUGACAUGAUAGACAAGUAUAAAAUUAUGCAUGGCAUGGAAUAAGUUUUUCAGAAAAGUUUUUCUGCCUCUCUAAUAACACUAGUACAUGUGGACAUUCCAUGAAGCUGAAUCUUGAAAGAUUCAGGACAGGCAAAAGAAAGUACUUUUUCAUGCAGCACAAAGUUAUAUGGAACUCGCACCCAUGGCAGGCAGUGAUGGCCACUAACUUAGACAGCUUUAAAAUAGGAUUAGAUACAGUCACGAAGGAAAGGGCUAUCAAAUGAUGGCUCUUAUCUGCCUCCACAGUUGGAGGCAAUAAUGCUUCUGGAUACCAGUUGCUGGAAAAACAGGGUGGGAGAAUCAUCUUGUGCUCAAAUCCUUCUUGCGGAUUUACCACAAGCAUCUGGUUGGCCACUGUGAUAAUGGGAUGCUGGACUAUAUGGGCCAUUGGCCUGAUCUAGUAGACUCUUCUUGGGUUCUUAUAAAUUUAUUCACAAACCGUUUAUAGAAGAUUGGUUCUGUUGGUUCACUGUACCAGUGCAAUGCUCCACAACAGUGUUGGUCCAGAACUCCCUUUAUACAUGAGCCAAUAACAGGCAUGAUCUUCUAACCACGAUUAGCAGUGGCCUCUAGGCUCAUGCAAUUUUCCUCCACUUCCACAUGUGAAUUUUCCUUCCCUUUUAUUUUCAUAUGGCAAGAUCAGAGCUAGGUUUGAAGGAGUCCAGGAGAAAAUCCCCUCCUAGGACCUCCCAUAUCACCCUGGUCUUUGCAUCAAGUAAGCUUAACAAGUAGCUUUGUCACUUCUUAACAUGUUUUCUCAAUGUGGCAGGUACACUGCAAAGUGAAGCACUUUCUGAGGGUAUUGCCACCUGCCAUUUUCAUUUCCCAGAAUACCUCUUGGCAUCAGGUUCCAGAAGCAUUCUGAGGAAAAGCAGAUGGUGGGUGUAUGCAGCCUUGGCAGCCACUUUGCAGCAUGGACACCACUUUGGUAAAAAAAUUAAAAAAUUAACAAAGACAGUGAAAAGUUAUUUCAGAGUCUAGCAUUAGCCCUGAAUGGCCUUCCUGGGGCCUAUGAGUCCCAGCAUUUACCUGACCAUUGCAGGUGCUCACAGUGGGCCUGAACCAUGAUGUAAUAGCACAUGUGUACUAGUAUUUCAUCUAACCAUGGUAAGCACCAAAUAAGAGUUUGCAACUAUCAUUAAAAGUAGCUUUCAGAACUCUGGGGAGAGCUAAGCAGGGCUAGCAAAGAUUCUCAUGCAGGCAUAACAUUAGCCAUGGCUAGUUCUGAAAAUCUAAGAGAGGGAGAAUUCACAUGGAAUAGGGGAGGAGGAAGGGUGAUAAAACGAGAACUUACUAUUCUUUCUUGAACUCAUAACCUUAUGAGGUUGUUUCAAUAGAUACAGUGGUACCUUGGGUUACAAACACUUCGGUUUACAGACUCCACUAACCCGGAAGUAGUACCUCGGGUUAAGAACUUUACCUCAGGAUGAGAAAAGAAAUUGUGCACUGGCGGCACAGCAGCAGCAGGAGGCCCCAUUAGCUAAAGUGGUACCACAGGUUAAGAACGGACCUCCAGAAUGAAUUAAGUUCGUAACCAGAGGUACCACUGUACUCUCUUCUUUCUAUUACUAAAAUUAUAUGUGCUACAUUAAACAGGGUGACAUCCAGUGAUAUCUGCCUGCUUGCGCAACAAUGCUUUGUGUUUCUCUUCUCCCCAUUUCAGCCCCCCUGCAUGCCCCCAAAAUCUGCUCCAGAGGGGCUGCUGUGGGGAGGAAAGGGAGGUGAAAUCCUGUUGCACAAAUGGACACCCACUUGUAAUAUGUUGGAUCUGACCCAUAACCUUUCACACUAAUAUAUUAAUAUGCUGUAGAUUUACUAUUUAACAUGUUACAGAUUUUAACCAUGCUUUGAAUUUGAAUAUUAUCUAAAGAGCUUUUGCUUUUCUGUUUCUGUUUAAAAAGUUUUAUACAGGCAGGUAUGUGCAUCACACAGAAAUGUGAUGUUGGUACUUUAUCGUCUGAAUUCCGAACCUUCCUCUGAGUUGUGCUUUUGGGGAGCAAAUUGAGGAGUUUGUGGAUAGAAGCGGGCUAGCACAUGAUCAGCACAAGCUUCAGUUAUGAUGAUUUUGGAUUAAGGAAGAAUAGGCUGUAUUCAGGAGUUUUCUUUAACUGUGUUGCUGUAUGUGUGUGUUUUAUUCAAUUGUUUAAAAAUGGAUAUUUCCAUUUGCUUCCAUGUUAAUUGGUGCUUUCAUCAUCAUCAACUUCCCUGCUUGUUUUGUCUGAUGAUUUGAUGUUUACACAUAGGGAAUCCCUCAAAAAGGAGAGCAGUAGUCUUAUUUGUAUUAUUUUUUACAAUGUUUGUCUAAAUAGUUUAAGUAUAGUUUUUGUUUUUGAAUUAGGCUCUGUUAUUUUCAUCACUAUCAUUAUUAAUCGCUUAUGCCGGUGGUUUUCAACCUGUGUGCCAUGGCAACCUGGGGUGCCUUGAAUGAUAAUCAGGGGUGCCAUGGGCAACACUGGUCUCUGUUCUUCUUUCCCUCCCUCCUACCUCUGAUGCCCUCUCAUGUUUCUGCCUCCCAAAGGCUUGCACAGCUGUUUGUUGCAGCAGCCCUGGCUACAAUCUCUCCAGGCAAAUGGUGCCUCUGGGGCUGGCCAGGGGGUGCUUCUCAGGCCCCUGUGGGGCAGUGAGAGGAGGCAUCUCUCUUUGGGGCAGGAGGAGCAGCUCAGAGACCAGUGAUGGUAGCUGCAGCUGCCCAGAGGACUCCCAAGGAGACGGGAGAAGAGAGGAGGCUGAUGAACACUCCACAAGGGGGGUGUUCAAAAAGUGGUGAGUGGCUGCCAGCUUUGCAGGCAAGGGUGGCAUAACUGGGCUCCUGAGCCAUACAGGGGUGCCACAGAAAGAGAAUGUAGUUGGUCAAGGAGCCAUGGACCCCAAAAGGUUGCACACCUCUGGUUUAUGCAGUACCAUUGCUAUACGUGACACCUUAGAGUUUCAUUUGUAAAGAACAGCCAAGUCUCUACCUACAAGGAGCUUACUGUCUUAAAACUGAGAGUAGGGGGCAAGAAAGGAAGGGAAGGAGAUAAAGUGCAGAAGAUUGGUAGAACUGGAGGAAGGGUUGUAACAGGAAACAAGGGCUUAAAGUCAGAGUGGACAUGUGGAUGAAGAAGCAUUUUGAGAUGGUCUGAGCAGCAGUAGAGGUCAGUGUUUUGAGUAAAGAGGACUGAGUAAAUAAGGAGGCUGUAAGUAAUGGAAGGUCUCAUCUCUAUCAAGAGCUGAAAAGAGUUGCAGCUGCUCUUCAUAAUCCUGUUGUUGAAGGUGACACCAAAGUGUGUCAACUAUCAGAUAGACUCUUGGGAAGAUCAAGGGCAUGAAGAUUAGUCUGCACAUGCAGAUGGAACAAGGACCAUUGGUUUAAAAAGGCCCCUGUUUUAUUUAUACUUCCAACAGGUUGCCACAGAACCACAACUCUACAUUAGUCCUUCAACAGUGGACAAGCCACUAGCCAAAAACAUAUGUGGCUGUGUAAUUUUCACAGCCUGGUUAUACUGGUUAUACUGAUUUUUAUUAUGAAAUCUCCCUUGUAUAAAUUGGAAUGUUUUUUAGGGAGGAAGCACUAUGGAUAGGGAGUCAAAUCUCAUGGCCCAUCAAACCUUCCAGUAGAAGCCUGUUCCAUGAGGCUGCCUUUGUCACCAGAAAGGGGAGGCGGUGCAUGCUAGCCACCUUUUAUUGAAUUUGUGUGAACUAGUGAGUGGGUGCAACAGGAAGGAAAGUGAGUCCAUCCAGUUCUCCCAUCUGAGAGUUGUCUCCCACCCUGUAACCACUACAGUUCCCUCAGGUUUCUGACAUUUACCCUGUUGCUUUAAGCCUUUGCUGCCAUACUUGGUUUCCUCCAGAAGACCUGUUCCAUCUCUUGGUGUGUGCCAAUGUGUGUUAGAGGAACAUAGGGAUGCCUAUGGAGCCACUGACUUUAAUCAUAAUAACUUUAAUCAUAAUAUGUUACUACAUUGGUCAUGCUUGCUGUUCACAUUUUCCUCACCUCUUAAAUUUAGACAUUCCUUCUAAUUGAUAUUUCUGGUCAGUUUUAGCAGCUGGCUAGACAGAAGUGUUGGGAGAGGAAGGUUUUUUGUUUGUUUCUGUUUUUAGCUUAAAAGUGCUGCUUUCUUAUUUUAAAGAUGUGCAUUUCAGUGGUUUUAUGUGAAAGAGGAUGACAGGGAGUGUAUUUCAUAUUAUAUGCAAUUUUAUUUAUGUAUGUGAAGUGCUGCCCAUUCUAUUUUGGUUUGAAUUCAGGUUCUAACUAGAAGAUGGAAGAGCUGAGGUACAAGAAAGGGAGAGAUGGAUUGUUCCCCUAACCCAGCUAUUCUUGGAUUAUCCGAUCCCCCAAAAUGUAACUGGAAAUCCACUUCCAUAGAGCUUGUAAAUUAAAUACUUUUUAAAUCUGAAGCUGAAGCAGUUAUUCAAUUGAUCUUGAAAUGGUUCAAAUAAAUUACUUGAUGCUUCGACCAGCUGUGCAAAGAGGAUUCAGUAAUUAAUAAUUUAACAAAGAUCCCACCAGGGAACUAUUUUCAGAGGAAACGAUAACUCCUAUUCUCUGAACCCACUGUAUACUAACAGGGAGGUUACAGAGGAAGCUGUUUAUGGAAAUUAAGAAGAUUAGGAACAGAUUCUUUAAUAUCAGUGCACAAUUCCUGGUAUUCAGCUACUUAACUGAAUCAGGAAUUUUAUCUUUAAAUGAAAAGGCCUGAACUAGGAUUUCUCCUAAGAAAGUGAAUUUGAUCAAAGACAUAAUGUUAACUAAGAAAUAGAUGGUCCUCCCUACUUCUGCCCUGCUCACCAUCUAGUGCAGUUUAUUGAAAGAGGAGACUUCUAAUUUCCUUGAUAAUCAAUUACUUGGUCAUCAAGGAGAAUGACAAAAGAACCAGGACAAAGGUUUUCAUGACUACGAUUGUGAACAUAGUUAUGCCUAGGGAGACCUGUCAAACAUCAUUUCCACAGAUUAAUUUGUGUGUUUUUUAUUUUGCUUUUUAUUAGUUUUCUUACUUGAGGAACAAACACAGACAAUAAAAUAGCCAAAAUAAUAAAAUGACAACAUCAAACAAAAAAGGGAAAAAUGAAAAAAACAUACAAAAAGCAUACAUACAACCAUAAAUCCAUAAAUUCUUAUAUACGGAUUUAUGUCACCCUAUUUUUUAAUCCCAAUUCCUUUUCUUCUCUAAUAGGCUUCGGUCCUCCACAGAUUAAUUUGGUAAUGUGUAGAGGCUCUGGGCUACAACUAUCCAGAACAUUUUCCUUUUCAAGAAGAAGGAAUUCCAGCAGGUUUAGCUAUACGUAAUGAAAUUCCCUCUUCUAGAAGUGCAGGUGCCCUGUCUGCUUUUCCACCCAGCCACCUUACUGCUACUCCAGCAUAGCCACACGGAGGACAUCAGUUGUUUUUAAUUUUGUUUUUGAUUAGCAGCAUCUGGGAUUACAUUGACGUGGUUAAUCAUAAAUCAUGGUUUAUUGAAACAAGUCAAAUUCAUAACCCUAGCUUUGAAGUUGUCUUUUUCAAGUUAUAACUGGUAACAUGUUUAAGUAUGGACUAGCCACACAAUCAUAUUGAAUUGGGAAUGCAUUUCAUGUUCUUAUCUAAGGGCUCACCCACAAUUCCUUUUUUGCCACAUUUCUAGGCACAGGUCAGCACUUUAAAGCUCUGUGUCCAAACCUGCAUUUUACCACUGAAUCGGGGCAAACUACAAUAGGGUUUUCUGCACACACAGAGCUUUAAAGUGCGGAGCUGUGCCUGGAAGAGGAAGUCUGGAUAAUCCCUAAGUCGCCUUGUGAUUGUGAAAUCAGCAUCAAUUCUAAGACUUAUUUUUAUUUUUCUGUCAUCUCCAAAUUGUACCCAUAUCUAGGCAAACAGCAUAUUAAAAAUCCUAAGCAUCUGUUCUAAUUGUCUUUUCCAAUGAAAGCUGCGCUUGAACACAAACAGCAUAUGGGUACAUGAUUGCUCAUGUCCAUAUAUAAUUUAUGUUCUCUUUGAUUCAUUUGGUAAGCACAGUAAUCUGUACCUAGAAAGAAAAGGUGAAUUCCAUUUUGGUUUUGUAUUAUCUUGUUUUACACCUUAGUAGUAGAUACUGAUACCAAAAUGUCAUAGCAUUAAGGCUCUUAUGCAUACCUAUCUAGGAAUAAGCCCCAGUGAAAACAAAUGGACUUACUUCUGAGUAGACAUGUAUAGGAUUGCACUAUAAAGAGAUCCAACUUAGCCAUUUUCCAAAAAAGAUUGCAGCCUGUGAUAUUUGAUAGCUAUUUUUCCAUCUUGGCAAGAUGAGAAAUGUAUAUUCUGCAGCCAGGCUACUGUUUGUCUUGGAAUUGCUGACUAACACUGGAAGUAACUGCUAUUGCUUCCCAUUUGUCUGACUAAAUUAAUCUGUAUUGAAUUAAUUAAUUAUCAUUUCAGAGUUUAUACUGACAAAAAAACAGCCUUUAAAAGCCCUGUAUUUACAGUAAUUUUGUGGUGUGUGAGAGAUCUAAUAGCUAGCUGUAUUUUUUGCUGUAAAUUUAAGUUAGUUGCCCUUUACCAUCUGUUUGAAUUAUUUUCAGUCUGAAAAUUGGUUAUAAGCAGUUGCUUCCAAUAUUUAAUUCUAUUUUUUACUGGUCUGAAGACAUUGUGGUCUUGAUUCUCUUGAGAUAACUAAAAGCUGGGAAACGGUAGGGAUAUCUAUCAUAUGACAGAGGGAUACAAGUGCCUUGCAGCAAAAACAAUAGAGUGUUUUGCGGCACCUUAAAUACCUAACAAAUUCAUUUUUAUGUUUGUUUGUUUGAUGCUCUUUGUCAGAAGCUCUCUGGACAGUUCACCGCAUUAAAAUACAAAAUAAAAACACAAAACACAUAAUAAAAACAAGAACAAAAACAAAAGAAACCCAUAGCAAUCCCCCAUAAACUUCCAUAGACUAGUCCUCUUCAUCAAAUGUUACCUGCAGUUGUGUCUGUAUGUUUAUCUAUACACACACAUGCAUGUGCACAUAUACGGUACAGACACACAUUUGGCAGGGAAGAGGAAUGUAAAGAGUGAAGUCGAAGGAAAGCAAAGGAUGGUGGAAAUAGCAUAACUAUCACAGUUUGCACUUACCUGCAUAUCAUUUUCCUUGCACUUCACUGUUUAGAAUCCUCCUCCCUUAGCUCCCUUCGUGCAUCUGUUGGCUGUUGUCCACAAAAAUGUGUUAGGUGCCACAAGACUCUUGGUUUUUUAAAAUCUAUAUCUUAAGUGGUAAUAGAAUUAUUUAAAGGUAAAAAACAAAUGUUUUUUCCCAACUACAUAUCAGUUGCAAAAUACUUACAAGUGUGACCAAAAAAUAGUCUGGUAAAAUGCAUUUCAAGCUAUCCUUGAGCUUUAUUCUUUUCUUUUUGUUAUAUUUUCUGUUUGCGUGUAUGUUUCCUUGUGAAUUUCCUUUGGGUUCUGCAAGGUGUAAGUAGCUGGCUGCUGAUAUGCUAAAACUAUUUUAGCAGUAUUGGAUGGAUGAUUUGUUUAUCCACGGUUUCACAAAAUUAAAGUAGAUUUGCCUCUAAAAAUAGAAGCACAGAUUUAUAUAAUUGGAAUAGAUUAUUUACAACACCCAUCCAAUCAGGGCCUGGGAUAUUCCGUAAACAGAAAUCAUGAACCUGACUCCCUCCCAAGCCUUCCUUGGUGCCCAUGUGCACCAGGUGGAGACUUUCAGUUUUUUAGUUUGUAAUUGCAGAGCAGUUGCUGGAGCUGGAGGUCUUUUGAUUUUAAAGGAUUCUUGAGCAGGGGGCAGAAGUAUCAGGGGUGGCUUCCCCACCUAGUAGCCAAUCUUGUUUGCUUCCCUGUUGCCCUCUGGCCAUGUGGAGCUGACAGUAGGCACUUGCUUCACCCCAUGAAGGGACCGUGUGUGUGUGUGUAUGAUUCAGAAUAUGCAUUUGGGCAGAGAGUAAAAAAUAGGUCAUAGAAUCAUAGAAUUGGACAGGACUAUGAGGGCUAUAUAAUCCAACCCCCUGCACAGGAAUCUUUUGCCCAACAUUGGGCUGGAACCCACAACCCUGAAAUUAAGAGUCUCGGGCUCUACUGACAUAGGUACCUUUCAGCACAACUGGGGAUGGGGAACUGCUUUGUAGUCUAGUAGAGGUACAGGAGGGUUCACAUGGGCAAAAGUGCCCCCCAAGUUUUAACAUUUUAUUGGUUUUAUUGAACUUUGAGCAAAGGGUUAUCUGCUAGAAACACAAAUAAGUUUAUAAUUUGAAUGAGAUCAGGUUUUUGAAAGUACAUUUGUGAACGUCACAUGCUUCCCUUCCUCCUCAGAUCCACUAAUGCUUUUCUUUUGCAUCACAUCCACAUUGCACUCCAGUGUCUGUAAUUUUAUAGAAAAAAGAGAUAAAUUUCACAGUUGUGAAACUUCAGUAUUAAUUGCGCUGUGAGAAACAAGUACAGUAUAAGUGGAGUAUACUUUUCUACUGUGCCACCACAAUAAUUUUUCUCUUUCCCCCCCUAGAUGUAUCAACACCAGAGGCCUCCAAAAAUCUUUCAGAAAGCUGUCAGAAUGGCAGCUUUUCAUCAGAAGCAAAGGUGAAUGGCAUUGGUGCUACUAAGUUGACAGUACAACGGAAGAGACUUUUGAAAGCUCCCACUUUGGCUGAACUGGAUAGCUCAGAUUCAGAGGUAAGGUGCUGGUUGGUCUGAACCUCUUUUCAGGAUUUACAUUUUUGUUGAUUAAUUUCUAUUUUGUCAGACUUUUUUUGUUAAAGUUAUUAUAUAUUUGUUUUUUGAAUAAUUCUAAAUCUUACCUUAAGCCAGAAAAGGUUUGCAGAGCAAUUAGAGAUCAAUACAAGCAAGUUCCUGCCCCCAGGCUUAAAAUCUAAAAAGACAUGACACAAAAAGGAAAAGGACUAAGGGAGAAGGAAAUAAGCAAACUUAGGUUUAAGUUACAAGUUACUCUAAUAAUCACUUGGGGGGAGGGUAGAAGAAGUUCAAGAACAGGCGUAGCCAAAGUUAUUGGUCUCUCAGUUCUGCCAAUGAACUGGUCUAUAUCCCUUCUGCCUUGUGGAAUGGCCACAGUCAGAUGAUGAUCAUAUGGAGGUGUCUGGCUUCUCAGCAAAGCUGGUGGCCCUGCAUCCUUUGAAGGUUGGUGGCUCAGGAACUAGAGUGGAGACAAGAGAGACUUUGGGCUGUGUAAGAUCUUUCAAUAAGUUGCAUGUGAUUCCUGUGCCCAGCACUGCACAUUCUUUAAACUCCUGAGUGAAGAGGAGGCACUGCAAUAUUUGCCUGUCCAUGUUUGGUGUCUUUGGGAGUGCUGGCAUGGUUUUGUCUGAUUGUUCUAGUCCCAGGGAACUUUAUGGCCCUUCCAAAUUCUGGAAGCUCAGGCUGAAUAACAGCACAUAGCAUUUCUUGUAGAAUAACAGUUUCUAUCUGUCACAAGUCUAUCAGAGUUCAACCUUCUUUUUGCUCUUGUCUGUAUUCAGUGAUACCUUACAGUUGGGUUAUAAUGCUGUAUCCCCUCCCCUAAAUAAAACAAGUAAUGAAUCAGUCUUGACAAAAUGUGAGGUUUCCCACAUUUCUUUUUAAGAUUAACAACCCAGUUCUAAAAUUUAGUGAACAAAACCUAAGUAGGUUUCCGUGAACCUUUGCUAGGACUCAAGGUCAAAGCAAUACUUGAACAGGUGACUUAAGGGAUGUUCUAUGGGGAUUCAGUUUGUUUGGCUAACAAGGCAUUUGCAAGGAGACACGCCAUCAAGCAGGUAAACUUCCAUGCACCAGUAAGCCAGGUUAGCAUUCCUGAUGCCUAUAAAAAUUUCCAGGUCAGGCAUGCUUGUAACAGAAGCAUUCACCUCUUUCUCACCCCACCCUCAGCUACUGAGGAGUUGGAACAGGCAAACUUACAGUACCAGAAUAUUUUUAUUACAAAAUGCAUUGUGAUAAAAUCAUCAAGGUUUUAACGCUGUUUAUAUAUAAUGCUAACAAGAAGUGUCUCAGUUAAAGUUAACUCUUAUUUAACUUAAAUAGAAACUGAAUUAAUUACAGCUCUCUUCUCUAAAGUCCUGACAUAGAAGUCUUGAUUACAGAUGGAUAGAUAAUUCAAAUUUGGUUUAUGCCAAUUUCACUUUAAAAAAAAAAAAAAAAGUGUGUUUCAGCCCAUAGGGACAAUCAUGUCAUCCCCACCCCCUGCCAUAUAAUUUUCUUCAGAGUGACGACACAUAAUCGCAAACUAUUGUUCCGGGGGCCUUUGCAGCUCCAUUUUUAAUCCAUGCAACAGGAGCUGUACUUUGUAGCUGAAUGGCUUGUACCUUUUUAAAAAAAGUUAAAAAUGAAGCUCUUGAACCACCUUGUAGUAUUUGUUGUGGAUCUGGAUUCCAAAGUGAACCACGUUAUGACCUGCACAGAAAUCUUUGUUUGUGUAUCAAGUGAGUUUGCUUUGGAAUAUGGACUUGCAAAUUUCCACCAUGCCAUGUCAUGAUUUGGUGAUAAAGUAUUUAAACAAUAGCAGCAAUCAGUGAAAGGGCUUGAGUGUAAUUUCUGGGCUAUAGCUUAUUUAACUUGAAAUUCCAUUUUUGAAAGAAGAUGCCAUAAAAGAAAAAUGUAAAGCUCCUGUUACUGGCUGGGGACAGUGAUUUAGUCAAUGCUUAUAGCCAGGAGCAUACAGCUUGGAUUGUAUAGCAUGUAAAUAAGACCUUAGGUUGAAUUUCAUGUUAUAAUAAAUUGAAAGUAAAUUACCAAUACAAUUUAAAGAAAUAAGAAAAAUGCUAUAUUGAGUAGAAAUACCAGCUAAGUAAUCAUGUUAUACUUUAUAAGUAAUAUUUGUUGAGUAUAUACAUAAGAAAAUUUAUGGAAACAGAGCAAAGAGGUACAUGAGCAAAGCUGUUGGUGGGGGGACAACCAUAAGAUUUUGUAAUCUGUUGUCUUCUAGCAAUAUUUUUAUUAAUGUGAUCCAAUGACUAUAUAUACUAGUGUUUUUCAGAACCUUGUGUUGAUAAAAACUCUGAUCAUGGCAUAUGAAAAGUUUGCUAAUAACUGGAAAGUAGAAAUGCUAAAGCAUUUCUUUUAAUUGGAACUUGUUAAAUAAAGUAUUGUAGAUGUUGUCUGCUUAUUAAAGUGGAAGCAAUUGAUCAACAAGAACAUCUAAAUGACCUAUUUUUUUUUCUUCUAGGAGGAGUAUGUACAGAAAUCACCCAGCAGCAGCAGUAUUUCUCCCUCCCAAAUGGAAGAUACAUUUCCAGAGACCAUAUCUGGGAAAAAGGGUAAGAAUCCAACAUUUGAAAAAGUGUGCAGUACAGUAGGAACUUCUAGAAGCAGAUGACUCCAGCAAGGGACACCCAAUUCACUAAGUUAAAGGAAACUUACACAGCAACAUGGGUCUAUCUUGGACAUAUCUCAUAAGGAGAGCAGGAAACCAGUUGUGGAAAAUUCUUUUAAGUUGAAUUAAUUUGGUAAUGAUUUGUAAUAAUUUGUAAAAUAAAUAACAAUAAUUGGCAAAAAAAGGAAAGUCCUGGUGUCCAGGGAAUCUGAUCUAGAACAGACUAAAGGAAAAUACAGGUGUGAUACUUCAGGAUCUAUUGACAACCUUUGCUGUGCUGUUGGGGUGGCGACGAGAUCAUACUGGCCUAUCUAUUCUGAAUGUAUUCUGAAUGUUCUUAUGUGAUGCCAAUAAAGGUUACUUGACUUGACAACCUUUGCAUCAACCUUUAAGUCUUGAACAUCUGAAAUCCUCAUGGCCUCCUGUGAUUCUAUAGAUUUGUACUGGCCAUAUGAGGAGUGUUUGAGCAACACACUUGUGUAUCACCUCUAUCAAACAGCUGUGUUGGCAUAUGCCCUCUUUCAUUUAUGGGGUAGCUACAAAUGUGCUGUUUUGAGGUCAAAACAUUAAGAGUGAUGCCUGCGGAGAGGGGAGGAUUAUGCUUUUGUACUUCUAUGGUCUUUUUUUCAAAAGCUCUUCACACUUUCAGAUGAGGUUGUGAUUACUAGGGAGCAAUGCCCAAUAUUUCUACUCAUUAGGUGUAGAAUCCUGCUGUAGCAAAAUCCACUGGUAGUCAUAUGAAUCUGUAGGGAUGGGGUAUAAUGAAGCAAGAAAUCAUUUUAGCCAUAUUAGAAAAUACUGCUAACAGUCUGUACAAUUGUACAUAUGUUAAUUAUUUGAAAGCUGUAUCUUUAUAGCAACCACCGUUAUGGUGAAGAAAUGUUGCAAUGUAGUGGUUUAGGUGUGGAUUGAGUAAGGGAGUUAAAUCAUUAGUUCAACUAACCUCCUGAAUUGUUGGGGAAAUAGUUUAGCUUCACUCUGGGUUGAUUUCACACAAAGGUAUGUGGCUUAUAAAGAAACCUUAGCUCACAUUUUUGUUAUCUUCCCCUGAAGGUAUUAAAAUAAAUAUAGAAGAAUUUUAUUAGAUUUUGGCUUGGAAGCUGACUUUGAAUCAUUUUUAUAAAUUUACUCCCAUAAUAAAUACACUGAAAAUUGUGUUCAACACUCGAUGCAGUUCCACUUAUUAAAGCAUCACCACAGUCUGAUUAGAACAAUAGGAUUGGGUUCCUUUGAUGUCAUUGGUCCUGUUCUUAAAAGAAAAUGUCUGAUUAUUAACAAAGUAAACUGUUACUUAGAACUAAUUGAUGCUGAUUGAAUUUAUAGUGCCUCCGAAAUUCUUGCCAAUAUCAUCCACACCACAGCCAGAGAGGAGACAGCCACCCCAGAGGCGACAUUCCAUUGAAAAGGAAACACCAACCAAUGUCCGACAGUUCCUGCCACCUACAAAACAGAGCUCCAGAUCACUUGUAAGUAGCGUGGUAGAUAAUUUUCGACACUGGUUGAUGGGUAAAGACACAACAGCUCCACAACAAUGAGAGGAUAAUGAAAUGCUGUGUUGAAACCCAGAUGUAAUACUACCUUGAACUGUAUGAGAAAUUGAAUCAGCACUUGAGCUUCAUCCACUGUAAACUGAUUGGAAACUCCAGGAGAAAACUCCGAACUUUCUGAUUCAAGUUUUGAAUGUUGUGCUUAAGCAUUGAUGACAUUUUUAUUUAAAUACACUGACAAAAUUAUUAUGUUUCUAAAUAACAAGAAGGUUGAUACUUUCCCCCGCUCACAUGUUAGUUCGAUUUAAAAAGCCCAGAGCAGAUGUGAUCGCAUGGCAAUAUAAGAAUCCAUUGAGGACAAUUUUUUAAUUUUUUUCUUGAAAACAAAGUACAGCAGAUUAGCCAAUUGGCUUUAAUUGAAAGCAGUUUUCCGACAGCACGUAAGUGUGAUGGGGGAACAAAAUGCCUGCUUUGGGGCUGGCACUGUGCCUUAAAUAACUUGGAUUUCAUAUGACAGUUCCAAGUGCACUUUUUAGUCUCUUGUUCCUUGCCCGAAGGGCCCAAAAGUGUCCCUUAGAACUGAGGAAGACUGAAAGAAGUUUUUGAGAGAACAGGGGGCACUUGCAAGCUCUUCAAGUCAAUUUAUUUGCAUUGCUUAACUUGAAGAGAGCCCUUCUUAUUCCUCCUUGGCUCAAGAGGCCAUGAUUUGGAUGCCAACUCUUCAAGGUGCUGAGGUUAACUUGUAUUAAAUAAUAUACUUCACUAAUGUAGAGGGCACAGUCUAUUCCCCAAGAAGAAAUCAAAUGGUUUGUUGUCAUAUGAUUCUAACUUGAGUACAUCUUAUGAUUCUAGGUAAAUGGAAUUUCAGUAACCUUAAGCUUAUUUGUUAGUGCAGCAUGCAGAGUACAACACAAAAAGAAUUAUUUUUGAAGAGUUAGCUAAAGAGAGUAAUUGUUUUAUGCAUGAGAGAGAGUUUGUUUGAAGUUUGACUGAGGGAAGUAAUCAACAUACAGAAAAUCUGGCUUUUUUAUGUGGUACAAAAAUGUUUGUUUCCACUGAGGUCUAUCAUAGCCUCAUAUCUACACAGGGGGGAGGGGGGGAAUUGUUUGGGAGUAUUUAAUUGAUUGCCGUUUCUGAUUAACAUUAUUCUGAUCCUGUACAAAAUGGGGGUUUCUUUUUUGUGCUUUUGAAAAACUUCCCAGCUCAUCCAUCCUUUUAUAAAAUAAUCUGAAAACUUUAUUGUCUUCUUUAAGUAUUUUUACUAUUCAUUUAUAGGGACCUCUUAUGCUCUCUUUUUUAAAUAAAAAGGCACAAAAGAAUCAAAUUUAUUCCCUUUUUACAUUAUUAUCAGCUGAUAUCAGGUACUAGCUGGGUUUCACUUUUAGAGCUCUGUCUGUGGAAGAAAGAUGUUCUUUGGCAGCUGUGUUUAGUUCUUGAGAUCUAAGGUAAGAUGGGAGCAAGAACUGUGAAUAUUACAGCAGAUACGAAAAACAAAAUUUAGAUGGAGAACUUUACAUCUACAAAUAUUUCUGAAUAACAAUCUAAUAUUUUAUAUCUUGUACUAUCAAAAGGAGCACCCCAUAUUUCUGUUCUUGUUUGGCCUUAUGAGAAUGAGGAGGCUUCUUGUAAGUAUUCAUCAUUACUUUUUUCUUUUAAAUUUUUGUAUUCCGCCUUACUUGUAAAACUACUAAAGGCGGCUACAACAUAUCAUUAAAACAACAACAUAGCAAAAUAAAAUGAAAAAUGAAAAAGCCAAAGUAGCAGAAGCAAAAAAAACCCCAUAAAAUUAUCAAUAAAAAGUAUAAAUCAAUAGCAAUUGGCCAAAUCAAAGAAAACAAAAUAAAAAUCCAAAUUUCAGUUUAGCUCAGAAUCUUAUUUAGAGUGGCCUUUACCCAUUUAAGUUCUUGGCUUGAUGGAAUUUCUUAAAAGAGAACAUUUCACAGUGUGCCACAACUGAAAGCACUCUGUUCUGAGGAAAUGUUUGUGUGGCACAGAUAUUGAAAAGAGUGCAUGGAAGUGAUACAUACAGAGAAGGCAGUUCCUUUAGAUUUGCAGAUUGUAUGUCUCUGGUGCAUCUGCAUCACAGUGUUUCAACCAUUAACUAAUCCAGAAAAGGUAUAGUUUACUUAAUCAAACCAAAGAAGAAAUUUCAAAGAAAUUCCUUGAUGGAACUGGAUUUGAAGUAGUACGCACAAAUGUUAUAAGGUUUAUUCAUGCCAUAGAAUAGUUUUCUCCUUCGUUCAUUAUUUUGCUGAGAGAGAGAGAAUUUGAAAGUUCAAGUCCAUUUAAUAUGCCUAACAUAACAUAAGAAUGGCUGCAAUAAUUUCUGUAGUAUCAGAAAGCAGCACAUAUAUUGGCAAUGAAAUAUAGUUUGUGUUCAUACUUGUAGCCUUAUGCACACUUCAUACAUUUUUGUAAACAAAUGUGGCCCAGUCAUGCUAUUUUAAAAGAUGAUGUGAGAAAAGAGAGAUUAUUAUGGUGUUUUGUUCGUGAUAAAUGUAUUUGUAUUGUGUAAUAGUGCCUCCUAGGGGUGAUACCUGGCAUUUCAUAACCAUUUUUUCAAUAAAAAACUGCAGAAAUUUAAGCAGCUACUUCAAAUUAUCAUUGAAGACUUUCAGUGUUGGACUUCCUUGCCUAACUGUUAGACUUCCUUGCCUAGUUCUAACAUAUGGCUUUAGGAAUGCAAUUCCAUUACUGGACAGGCUCAAAAUAUGAAGGAAGUGACAUAAGUAAGCUCAAAAUGUUACCUACUUUAAAUUUAAUGGCAAACUUCUUCAUCCCUUCCCCCAGGAUUGAUGAAAUUUCAUGGCUUAUCUUCUGCUCCAAUGAUGGCAGUUGGUCUCCCAAGGUGAAAGAAACCCCAUCAGUUCCAGUGAACAGAAAGUUGCCUGUUUUUUUCCAGCAGGAUUAGAAGGGAACUCGUCCUAUUUCACAUACUAGCUACAGUUUUGUUAAACUGGCUUGCUAGUAUGCUAAGGAAAUUAAUACUGGAGCUAGAGUUACAUAAUCAGAAGCACUGGUAGAAUUGUUGCUUGUGUUCAACAUUCCCUUUUCUCCUUCCUGUCUGUUGUUCAGGUUCCCAGGAUAACAAAUUUAUUUCCAAGGAUGACGCUCAAAACACUUUUCCCAGCCAUUCAUACAGCCUCUCAGCUUAGCUCCCAUCCCUUUGAAGCAGCCUUAUUUGGGGUGGCAAGGACAAUAUAUUAUCUUUGUGAGAGAGCUUUUAACAACAAGUGGACACUCUCAAAGGUUUGCCUUGCACUGCUGCCUAUAUACUUUCUUAGCCAUCUUUUUCUCCCCUCAAAAAGGGGAGAGUUUUCAAAGCUAUGGCAAGAAUUAACAGCCUAGAUUGUCACUGGAUUCUGAUUCAAGUUGAUUUCAACAUCUGUAGACUUUUCUGUGCAUGUGUAGAUUCUCUAAUCAAUUUGCUGGGGAACAGAAAUCACUUAUGAAAGGACAGCAAACUAAAAAUGCAACAUCACAAGAUUAUUAGGGAAAGAAUUGUCAUAAUCUUAAAUCAGUGGAAUUUUAAAAAAUAAAAAUAAAAAGCAGUGGAAAGCCAGUUCAGAAGAAUUAAAAAAUUAUUUUAAAACCACUUAUCUGAAACCACAGAUGUCCAGUUUUGCCCAAAUUUUGAUAUUUAUACAUUAUUUCUCUCUUUGUGUGUGCCAACUCAGCAAGCAAAUAUAAUCACAAACCAGUGUUUAUAAAUCAAGUAGGUUUAAGUAGCAUAUUGGAUUCUGAGGAUUUGUGUAAGGACAUCUGAGGGAAAUUUUAAUAUAUUUGUUACAAUAAAAUUGAAUUGCAGAAUAUAUACAAUGUAGGCUUUCUUUCUCUACCAAUCUAUCAAUAUUUACUAUAUUUUACCUGAUUAAAGCUACUCCUUUAUUAGUUUUUGAUAAGUAGCAAUAUAAGAGUGCAAGAUAUAUACGGGACACUUUCAGUCCAGUCAAAUGAGCCAUUUCCAAGAUGAAAGCAGUGCUAUUAGCUUCAAGGCUCCAUCCUACUAGUAAAACCCCAAAGCUAGUUAAAUUGUUUCUGGUGCAGGAAGAACUAUAAACAGAAUUGCAUCAGCAAGUACCCUGGCCUUCUGUCUCAGCCGAGUGGAGGCGAGACCCUGUGGGUCCGCUCACAUUAGUGGCUUGAAAGAGCAAGUUCAUUUUUCUCUGCUGUGUUUCAAGUCUUAUUUGCACAGAGUUUUCCACAUUAGGGAGGGGCCAGGGAUGUCUUCAACCGAUGCACAUGGCAUUUUUGGUCUCCUUCCCCUGCAACCCCCCUGGAACCCUUGUUCAUGAAGCUGUCAUCUGCACCUGAACAACCACUGUUAGGCUAUGUUCAUGUUCCUGCCUACUCAGCAUCCAGUUUUCUAAUCAGAUUGAAUCUGGUUUGAGGAGGGAAAAGCCUCAUGAAACCUCAGCAAUUCUUGUCAAGAAACCACAGGAUUGGUAAGGAUUGUGACUAACAACAUGUGAAUGUGAUUUCAAAAAUUAGCAGUGUGGGCGCACUGGAUGCAGAGUAAGUGGUAGUAUGAACACACCCCAAAUUAGAAUAUAGAGUGGAACUGAAUGGAUUUUCCUCACUUUGGAUUCUGAGAUACCUCUAGCAACAGCUCCAUGAGACUGGGUUAUGAGCUACCCACCCCCCCAAAAAAUCCCUAAUCAUAAAAGGUGCUUCCAGAUGGGUGUUUAUUAGGAGAUUGCAAGUUUUUUUCUGCAGUGAUCACACAGUGUCAUUAGCAUCAAAACGCCAGCCUUUGUUUUUUGCCAUGUAAUUAGACCCUUUCUGCAGAAAAUCCAAUAAAUUAAUUUUUUUAAAAACACCCAUUGCCAGUGAAGCCAUAUGUGAAAUCUGAAUGACUCAUUUACAACGCUAAGCCCAGUUGGAAGCACUCUUAAACUAUUCCAUACUCAAACCGUUUGUCAUGUUCAAUAAAAAUUGGAUUCAGUACAUAUUUAGAAACGAAAGUUAAACUCCCAUAAAAACAACAGUAUUAUAGAUAUUUAAUUAUUUGUGGGGAAGAGUUGCUAGGCACAAACCAGAGAAAUUUCUCCUUAGGAAAAAUGAAAAGGCAUGACAAUGCUCAAUGCGUCUCCCAUGCAUUUUAAUGGGGAUUGUGGAAAAGUCAUUACAAGUAUAUUUUAGCAACUAUUUUAAAUACAUGGUGAUGAAUCACAGUCACGUUUUACAGCCUGUUGAGUACAAUUAACAUAAGAUGGAAAUUAAAUUGCUUGAAUCUAAAUAGAUCUUUUGUCCAUCAUUUUGCCCCACCCCCAUAUCUGACCGCCCACGUCCUAUCAAGAUUUUGAAGCUCCUUUCAGUUUCAAAAACAGUUUGCCAUACAAAAAGCGGGGGGGGGGGGCAACUGUUGGGGCGGGGACACAAGUCCAGUAGAGUUUUUGAGAUCAUGGGAGUAAUUCCCUUGUUGUUUGGAUCCUGGCCAAUAUUAUUAGAGACAUGCAGAGUGAUACAGUCAAGACAUACUGAGACUCACAUGAUGAAAAACCUCCUUCAAGCACUAAAGACUUGGUGGUCCCUUUCAAAUAAACAUCAGAAUUUACAUAACUGACCUUCUGGUUCCCAGGUUCUGGGAAUGCAGUCAGACAUUCUUGUCAUUUUGAACUCAUGAUUGCUUGUGCUUCUGCUAUAUCAAGUUUUAUUCAAUAUUAACGUGUUCAAAUCCAGCAAAUAGUGGGUUUUCAUUAUUUUCAUUUUAAAAAUCUUAGAAAUAAAAAGAUAUUAGUCAAUGUUGUACACUCAGUUACAUGUACUCAUGAUAGUGGAAUGGAUUUUGUAUGGAACUGGUAAUGCCAAAUGCCUCUUUCAAUAAACUUCAAUUGGACUGCUCAAUGACUUGCUUUCAUUAAAAGGAUAUUAGCUGAUACGUAAUCUCAUUAGAACAUGUCAAAAUAUAUUCCCAUAAGAACUCAGUAUCUCUAUCAUUUGUUUUAAUGUUGCAUUGCAGUUUGGUUGCCCUUGUGUUAACUUCUUGAAAAUGAAAAAAAAAAAGCAUUUAGACCAAAAUUAUUAUUUUUUUGCUCAUGUCUGUAGUUGUACAUAGAUUAUUUUUUUAACGGACAUAAUAUUUUCUUUAUCUACUGUAGUGGAGAACAAUAGAGCAUAUUCAAGAAAAAAACCUAAGAGACACAAUAAAGUUAUUCCAAAUAAAUAAAGACAAAUAAAGCUAUUACAGAACUCCAGUGUAGCUGGUAGUAAUGGGUCCUAAAGUAUUCAUUAAGUGCUAUUUUAAUUGGUUGCAGUCAGUAAAGACAGCUAAGGGAAGAAUUUAAGCAAAUACUAUUAGAAUUUAAAUCUUUUAAAAGGCUAUUCCAUGUAUUACAAAGCAGAAAAAGUUGAGGUUGUGGUCUAUACUGGCUCUCUAGUGAGUGUGUCUGUAUGGUGCACACAUUUCCAAACUUGAAUUUUUUUCUUUCAUCCUCUGAAAUGGUAUGUGUAUCACUUUGGUGUAAUCCUAAGUAUACUUAAAUGGAAGAAAUUCUAGCACAAUGAAUAGUGUUGUGCUAAUAGUACUAAACUAGGAGACUUGGGCAAAAGUCCACUUAACCCUGACAUUCACUGGCUAUCCUUGGCCCGGGCGCAUGCUCUCAGCCUAAGCUGCCUUGUGACGAUAAAGUGUGCGAGGGGGUGGCAGAGAUAAAUAUAAUAAUGAUGAUAUAGUAUAGAAAUUCUCAUUGAAUAUGGUGGACUAGCUUUCAAAAGCCAUCCAGCUCAGAGUAAUGGUUCAGUUCUGCAUGUCCAAUUAGAUUUUGGCUUUGUGUUCCUCAUCCCAAUGCAGCAUCAUGGACUGUUUUUGAAACAUUGGGGUAUAGUCAGUAUAUUGAUAUGGUGUUAGUUUGCUGUUAAAAGGAGGGCGAUAGAUAUGCUAGGAGGAAAUGUUAUUGGGGGUAGGGGACAUAUCUACUGCAUGGAGGUAAACCACAGGUGGGAGGGGGUUUAGUACCGCCACGCAUGCAUCCCUUUUGCAUUAAAACUGAACCACUUUCCCCUGCUUGAUAUUUUAUGAAUUGUAUCCAGUUGUGCCUCUCUGCUGAUGGAAGGUGGGGAGGCGGUUUUGGCAAAUUCUCCCUUUCUCCUGCUGGUCCAUACACUCAUCUGCCAAAAGGUCUCCAAACCCUCUUGAUCAGAUUUGGAGGGGGCUGCAGACUGCCUACGGUUCAGCUAAUGAAGCCUUUGCUGGAUCAAAGUGCCUUCUGUCACUUCUGUCAGCAGGGAGACACAACUGGAUACACUAUAGAUUUCAGUCCAGAAAGGUUCACUCAAGGCAAUUUACAACAUUGAUACCAGUUAGACAAUGUUAUGAAAGCCAAGAGUCUUAAAACAAGUUAACAGAACAAAUCCACAGGCAGAAAUGAAUUAAAAACUAAUCAAAAGCCUGCCAAAAUAAAAUAAAUCUUAACCACCCACCUAACAAUCAUCGCUGAAUAGGCUAAUCAAAUCUCUUUGGGAGGAGGCAGUUGCACAAUCCGGUACCCCAACUGAAAAGUCCUGCCACAAUCACAACAAAAUGUGUCUCUCCUGGUGUUGGAACAUGAAGCGAGGCCUUGGGUCAGCCUCCAUCACUAUUUAUUUUGAUAGAUUCCCUGCCAAUCAGAUACAAUGGCUUUGAUCCAGAGUUCUGAAGAACAGAACUCCACUCACUUGAAGAAAUGGAAAUAAGUAUUUUUUGUUUAUUCUCCCUUAGCCCUACAUCCCUCCUGGGGGGUUGAAGGCCUCAAAUGCAGCGUGGUAAGGGAUUGGAAGGGGAAACAGGCAAAAGCCACCUAUUCUUGCUUGCUCUUUUUGGAUUGCAAUCCAUUCUGUGAAUAGAAGGAGUCUUUCUAUUCACUGAAAGCAACUCAGGAUCCAACCCAAGACCUUAUAAUAAAAUAUUAAAAACCAUAAAUAACUAAUGCAUUUAAAAACUAGAAACAGAAACUCUUUAAAAACAGUAUCCAAAAUAAAACAGAUCAAUAAAAGGGUUUUUUUUUUUAUUUAAAAAGCUUGGGAAAUAAAAGGUCUUUACCUGGCAUUGGAAACACAUUAGAAAGCAUAAUUGUUUUCUGAAAUGUGUUGGUUAUGAAACACAUUUGGCUUUGCUUUGAAGCAAAGUAUCCUUCAAAGCAAGCUGUAUUAAAUUUUGGCUCUUCAGAAAAAUGGCAUCUUGAACAAUACCAAGAAAGUAAUGAUUACAAAGGCAAAUUUCACUCAGUUUAUAGACCUUUGUGGGCACCUUAAGCAAGUUGAAGUUUCUGUGUGUGUUCCAUUUCUAGAUCGGUAAGACUGCAGUUUUUAAAAUAUAUAUAUGGUGGCUCCUAAAUGCACAUUUUUAUCUGGUAUACAUCAUAAUUGAUUUUUUUCUUCCUAAAAGACAGAAAAUCUUUAGACCGUAAAAUUAAAUAACUUGCAGCGGAUCUUAAUUGCAUAUUUGGUUUGAAAAUUGGAUUUCCAAAUGGGCAGUAUUAUGCUACUAUGCUUAUGGAAAUUUCCUGCCAUUGUUUUUGACAGCUGAUAAUGUUGGAUUUGGAUCUAGGCUAAAGUCCUAGCUCCACACCAUAGAUGACUGGUUGCCCUUGUACAAACCAGUAGGGUCAACAUGCCAUGUUGAGAGACUUACUGUGCCCUGUUAGAAAGCACAACAUAGUGGGAUGUGCAAAUAAUUUCUGUCUUUUAGCUAGAUUUAUUUAAUCAGUUACAAAUAAUUGGGAAUUGGUGUUUUAUCCUGUGGUACCAUCAGUGCUGAAUGUGUAUUCAGCUUAGCAUCAAUUUGCUAGGGAGCUUUAGUGUCAUAAAGCAAUACUAUAUUUGUGUCACAAAUAUCACUGUAUGUAACUGUAUGAAGUUUAAACUGAUUGUGUAACAGUAUACGGGAACAAUAUAACCUGUGUGUAAUGUUAACUGUACUGGAUAUUUAGAAUACUAUGUUACCUACAUAUGAUACCACAGAAUAAAGUUCUCUUUGGGAUUGGGCUACUAACCAUUUCUCUGUCUGUUCUAGGCAUCACAGAGUGUCAGACAUUUCAGUGAAAAUAAGUGCCCGUGUUUUCAGUGGCAGGCAACAUUAUUUUGCAUUUUUCUGCAUCAGAACACACAUCUAUAAUGUGAGGUUCAUAAUACAGUGAUUGGCUUAAUAAAUGACAAUAUGUUUUUAGUGAGCAUUAGACCCCUUUGGUUGCAAAUUCUAAACUCUUAGCCUUCUGGAAACACGUGAUGCCUCUGGACCAGAUAUACCCGUCUGGUUUGGGUGAUGAAAUCUUUUCUCUCCUCAAAUUACUAACCAGGUGACUGGCUCUCUAGGUUGGUGGCUAUGAAAUUCUGUGAGAUACAUAUUUAAAAUAGAACCUUUUGGCUUUCAGGAGGAGUUUUGUUACCCAGUGGAAUGCCUGGCUCUUACAGUGGAAGAAGUAAUGCACAUCCGUCAAGUGCUAGUGAAGGCCGAGCUAGAGAAGUACCAGCAGUAUAAAGAUGUCUAUACUGCCCUCAAGAAAGGAAAGGUAAGGAUGCUUAUGCUGAUUUUCCCAGAGAACUGGGAGUGAAUGAUGAAGAAGAAAUUCAGCUAAAUGUUAUUAGAGCUCCUGAAAUUAACAAAUUAAGGCCUGCAUCCAAUGUCAUGUUAAGUAAUCUUCCCCCACCCUCAGCUCAAGGAUUUAUUCUUUUGCAAUAGGAUUUUCUCACCUUCUUUUUCCCUUGCACAUCCCCUAAAUAUGUUAUGGGUUUCCCCCCAACCCUCCAAAGCAGAUUUGGGAAGGAAGGGAAGUCCCACUACAUAAAUGUAUGUUUUUGAGCUGACAGUACACUUACUUAGUGCUAUAUUGGAUAAAGUCAAGAAUAGCACCAUAAAACCAUACAUUUCUUUGAGUUGUUGAGUUGCAUGUAAUUCUAGUCAUUUGAGAAUGGUGGAAAUGCAUGAGUCAGUUCUUACUGAACUCUUUGGAACUUCUUUCUGAGUAAGAAUGCUUUUAGGAUUCUGUUGUCAGAUUACUGAUUGAGUGCUUUCUUCUAGAUUAAGUAAAGGACUAUGAAAACAUUUCACAAAUUUAAUUGUACUGAUUUAAUCUAUAAGGUGGCUGGUUAACUUUACACUUUGGAUGUAUUGGGCUGCAAACUUCUUCUUCUCCUUGCCUGACACCCAGAUCUGUUCCAGAAUCUUUCCCAACUCUCUAAAACACAUUUUGAGGUUGAACAGCUGGUUGCAAGGGAGAUAAAAAGUGGGGGGAGUUGUGCUGCUCUUCAUAAACUCCCUAAGUCCUGUGCAAGGGCUUCUGCUUGUGCAGUUGGGUUUCCCCUACUGCAUGCUCCCUGAAAUUGACUCUGCAGGGUCAGGGAUUGUUCCAUUUGCCAAGCUGAUAUACUUGUGCAGACAGAACAUUCGUAAUAGUGUGACAUCAAUUUCUACCCUUGAUCUUCACUGAUAUUUUUUAGAUGUUAGUAAAUUGAUUUUCUAGAAAGACCUACUAAUGCUAUGGGCUCUUCUCAAUUUUUAUAGCUCUGUUUUUGUUGCCGAACAAGGAGAUUUUCUUUCUUCACCUGGUCCUAUACCUGUCAGUUUUGUAAAAGGUAAGCCUUUGGUUUUCAUAGUAACCAAUAACUAGUGAAGGCACUGGAGCAGAAUUUUGUUUGUUUUAUUUUUAACUUUUUGUGUCACAUUUAGUAUGUAAUUGAAGGAGAAAAAGUGAUAUUUGUACUGUAUUUAGGAGUAAAGGAGAAUUUGAACAGGAAGUUUUUGUGUUUUCCUAGAUAAUGAUUAGGGAUGAUUAUCAAAUGCUCAUUAUGGGAUAGGACAUAAGACAGAAUAAAAGCACUUUCAGAUUUAGUGUUAAUAUUUAAAGUUGGUAGAAUGACAUAAAAAGAACAAGUUGCCAAAAAAGGGAGUAGAUGCUGUAACAACGUAUCUCAAAUGCCAUGGUUGUGCAAGUUUCUCAGAAUCAAUAUCUUAAGAGCAGGAUAUGGAUGAAUGAUAUUUAGUCCCCUUGGUCUGCACAUACAUGCUCACUAAUACAAACUGCUUGCAUGAAAUUAUAAGAAAACAUUGCCACUCAAGUUUAAUGUUCCUGCGAGUUUCCCGUAAGAGUCAUUUAAAAUUUACCAUCUAAUCUUAUAGGAUGUGAUUAAAUAAAAAGAAGAGUGCUGAUGUCAAGUCUGAAUGGGGCUCUUGGGUUUUUCACACAUUCCAUUCCUAAUUUCCUGAUAAUGGUUAAGAUCUAUAGGACUGCCUAUGGAAGCAUGCCAAUCGCGGCUUGUGAGGUCCCUAAACUUCUCAUCUAAGCUACAGUAUGCCCUAACAUUAGGCAACACUUUUGUAGCUCAGGACUGCAGUUGAAACAUGAAGAUGGGCAAGACCCAGGCCAUGCGCUCAAGAUUCUUUGACAAUGACAAUCCUUUGUUUUUAUUUUUUGCCUCCUCCUGAGUUCUGGUAUUUAAGCUAAAGCCAGUGAAAUUCAAAAAUAGUUCAUAGCUCGUAAAACAUUUUUACUAGGAAAGAACAAUACAACAUUUGAAGAGAUGUGUCCAGUGCUGUCCUGCAAAAGUAUUACUACAUUUAGCUGAGUAAGUCACAUAUUUUCUUUUUCUUUUAUAGGCCUGUAUGCUCACAGUGUUGCAAGAAGGUAAGUUCAGAAACCUCUAAAUCCUUUAUCUUCUUAAUAUCUGUGGUGUGAUUCAUCAGGAACAGCUGCUUUACUAUCUUCAUCCAAAACUACAAAGUACAACAGGAAAAAAUUUCAGCAAAACCCCCCCUGCUUUGUAUAUACUUGCCAUAUAUACACAGUUGUGUUCAUGCACUCAUAUUUCUUUUCUUACAACAUUUGCAAUAUAUGUAUUUGCAACAUUUUUUAAAAUGGGACUCCUGUAGAGGUCUGCAGGGAAUGUAUUGCUUUGUAUCUCUAUAGUUCACAAAUUCUAAGUCAUUGCCACUGGGAAUAUGCUUGCAAAAGUUGUACAAGCCCACAUAAUGGCACUGUCUCUAGGUAGCCCAAUCUAUAAUUGUUAUUCUCUUUCCUUUGUAACAGAUGCGCCUGCCAUCAAAGCCAUAUUCUACGCUUCCCAUCUUUUCUCUGGGACCUUCGGCUUUACAGAAAGGAGAGAGUUUUAUGAGGCCAGAUAAACCUUCCACUAGCCAUCAUCGGUCCCUUAGGGGCAUGCCAAGGUAAGUGAUACUUCUGAUUAAGAUUAGACUGCUUAUCUACUACCAGCUACUUUCAUGGACUAUAUUCCAUAGUUCAUUUUAUUUGUGGGCAGUGAAUUGUUACAUAUAUUUAUUUAUAAGAUGCUCUUGCAGAUGCUUACUAUUAUUCUCUCUUUCUUUAAAAAAAAUACAGUUAAAUGGGGGGAGCUGUCAAAAUUUAAAUAAAACACUGCAGAAUUAGGUGACAUUUGCAAAAUUAAACACAAAAUUGUAUUCUAUUUCAAAAGAAAAUAACCAAAGUUAAAAGUGGGAAAAUAGGCAAGAAUCUAUAUAAAAUGGAUUAAAUAGUAAUUUAACCAUCCUUGCCAAACCUGAUUUCAAAUCAGUAUAAACAACAAUAUAUUUUGCUGAACCAUAGAGCUUUGUUCGAGUCCAUAAAUGGCUGCCAAUUUGUGGCAAAUUUAUCUUAUCUUUGGCUUUUCUCUUUAAAUCUGACAUAAUGCAUUAACCUGGCUGUUCAUUAACAGUUGAUGUGGUUGCUAAUAAUAAUAAUAAUAAUAAUAAUAAUAAUAAUAAAUUUAUUAUUUAUACCCCGCCCAUCUGGCUGAGUUUCCCCAGCCCCUCUGGGUGGCUCCCAUUCAAGUAUUAAAAACAAUACAGUGUUAAAUAUUAAAAACUUCCCUGAACAGGGCUGCCUUCAGAUGUCUUUUAAAGAUAGGAUAGCUACUUAUUUCCUUCACAUCUGAAGGGAGGGUGUUCCACAGAGUGGGCGCCACUACCGAGAAGACCCUCUGUCUGGUUCCCUGUAACCUUGCUUCUCACAAUGAGGGAACCGCCAGAAGGCCCUCAGCGCUGGAUCUCAGUGUCCGGGCUGAACGAUGGGGGUGGAGACGCUCCUUCAGGUAUACAGGACCGAGGCCGUUUAGGGUUUUAAAGGUCAGCACCAACACUUUGAAUUGUGCUCGGAAAUGUACUGGGAGCCAAUGCAGAUCUCUCAGAACCGGUGUUAUGUGGUCCCGGCGGCCACUCCCAGUCAUAAUAAUCAUAUCUGGCCACAAGAAACACCUCUCUCCCCUGACACAGUAUGUUAGGAAGCAAAAAGACAUGUGAGAGACAGAUUUGUUAUUUUAGAGUGCACAGAGUUCACCUACCUAGUACAAUUGGAAAACUAAAUAACCCUAAUAAGAAUAGAAUUGUUGCUUUGUUUUCAGGUUAUCCUCAAAGUCCAAGUCUGUAGAUAAAUCAGAUGAAGAAGCACUAUUUCCAAAAGAGCUAAUGGAGGACUGGAGCACCAUGGAAGUAUGUGUGGACUGCAAAAAGUUCAUUUCGGAAAUCAUCAAUUCAAGCCGCCGCAGCCUCUCCCUGGCUAACAAGCGAGCCAGAUUAAAAAGGAAAACCCAGUCAUUCUACAUGUCCUCCCCAGGCACCUCGGAGUAUUGCCCUUCUGAGAGGACUAUCAAUGAGAUCUGAGCUGUGUGCCUUUCUCUUUGCUUUGUAUUCAUGAAGUCUUGAGAGAACUCGGUGAAACCAGAAUGUCUUUUUCCCCUUUGUUCUACCUGACAGCUUACAUUUGCAUUAGAUCACUGGUUUUGCCUCUCCAUAAUUUAUACACAGAGAGAAAGUAAGAAAUUGGGCUAUGCAGCAGGUCAGUAGAUAAAACUGUUUGCACAGGAAGAAAAUGUCCGUUUGAAAUUGUUGCCUUUUUGUAUGUGGCACAGUGUACAAAGAGCGCCUUUACUUGCAUUAUUUUUUCUAGUGUUCAUUCCUUCGAUAAUUUUCAAGAAGAGAGUCAAAAUAUAGUUACGGAACUACACAAUGGUGUUAGCACAGUUGUAAUUAUCGAACUAUGCUGGCAUUUACUACCAACUAACAUUUACAUUUCAGUCUUUGUGGCACACAAGCCCAUGCUUGUACAGAAAAUUGACGGGGGCCAUGGCUCUUAAUGCCUUAUGGUAUAGCACAAAGCUUUAAAGGAUGUGCUCAGCAUGGUCGAUCAAUCCAAACUAGAUAGUUUAUACUGUCUGGGUUCUAGGAUAAAAUAUUGAAUAAGCUAGAAACCUGGAUUGGGUAACUAUUUCCUGCAGCUGCUACUUGUUCCAGUAUAAUGAUAAGUGUGUUAUGUCUAAAGUAAUAGCAGUUUCUUCCCUAUCUUGAAUGUAUUCUGAAUGUUAGUUGCAGUAGUUGUUAGUUGUAGCUUUUAGACAUAAGCAAAAUACUCUCUAUGGAGGGGAUGCAAGAUAAGUGCAACUUUUUAAUAUUAAUGAUUUUUUUUGUAAAAUAAAGAACAUUCUCUGGGUGACAAUCCUGAGAAAAUAGAUCAUAUGUAUAUUUGUAUUAUAGUAGAACACCUAAGUACUGCUAUAAUUAAGGGUCUGGAAGCAUAUCCAUUAUAAGCCCCAUUUUUACAGGGGUUUGUAUCUUGGCUGUAAAGAAAUUUUAUACCCUGCAAAAAUUUGAGGCAGGAGUGUCUCAGAUUGAGAGGUAGGUUUUUUUUAAGGUUUGGAGAAACACUGUCUAGCUGUUUUGAAGUUCCAGGAAUAUUACCAAACAUCACAUUUUUGCACUCUUUUAUAUUCCGAUUUUUAAAUGUAAACAAACUGGGGCUUAGUGUAGAGUAUGCAGCUAGGUUGUUUUUAUAUUUAUAACAGCACAGUUAUAAAUAUUUGCAAAUCAUCCAGUGGACAGGAACAAUAAUCCUUUCACGUUUUUAAUGGCUAGGUCCAUAUUUAAUAUCAGCAUUCAGUAUAUGAUAGGAAGGAUUCAAAUAUUUGAAUUUUCAUUUUCACAUUUUAGGUUGAUGAGAGACAUCUCAGUUCACUUCCAAAAUAAGCAGAAUCUGCUUAAAUGCAAUCUCUAUCCAGACAUUUGUUUAAUGAAAAUGCGCUGAGAAAUGAAUCUUAUCUUCCAAGAAAACCAAAACAUUAGAGGCCAAUAAAUAGAGCUACUAUGUAAAGACUAAAAGCUUGAUAUUGCUGCUCUAAUAUCUGAAAUUUAACUAACUGCACAAGCACAAAUGUUUGGGGUCCUAGGAUGCAAUGGGGUCUCUGGUCCAAUUAUUCUUAAGCAACUCAGCCAAGACAGUGGGACUACUCUAUUUUCAUUGGAUAAACAAAUGUAGGCCGUGUCUACACUACAGACAAAACUGGCACUGUUGGCACAAUUGAGAUAUUCUCACUGGCAAAAUAAAACACUCCUACAGGGAAAGCCACAAGAGUUCCACCAAUGGACAUAACCCAUGGUCAAUAACAGCAGAAUUUAAAUUUCACUGUGUUAAUUGACAUGAUAAAAUUGCCUUGUGAUGACAUCAGACCGAGAAGUAUUGUUAGACUAUAGUAUUUUUUCCAUUAAUCAGCUUGGAAAAAAUGGACUGAAAGCACCUAUUCCUUUUAUAUUUUGCUACAUUUUAUUAAUAAAUGCCACAAAUUGUGUGGAAGCAAAGGGGUCACCCCACAGCUCACAAAGGCAUCAGCAAUGGCUCCCAGUAAGGUGAGGCAUCAGCUAGGAGGUUCUCACCCUUCCAGGUUUUCUAUGUCAUCUCUUCUCCUUCCAUGUAGCUAACCUGCUCUAUUGGGUCUUUAUAAAGAACCGGUUGUCUAGCUACUUUUCUAGAGAAAUAAGAUGUAUUCUGAUAUGUGCCUGGACACACAAAUGCAUCUGUGGAUGGAAAGCCUGCUCCCAACAACCCCAUCUAUAUCAGCCCACACGCUCAGUCUCCAGCCUUCCCCAAGUUGAGCAAGGUAUCAUGCAUGAUGUUCUACUCACGUUUAAGGGAAUGCAAGUACUAUGCCCUUAUAUCCUGCUCAACGUGGGGAAGUUUUGGAACAAAUAUGUGGGGCAGGGCUUGCAUGUACUAUCUCCUGCCUACAGAUACAGAGUUCAUGUGUUCGGACAAAUGCCUGAAUUCUCUUUGUAAAAAUGUGGCUGGGACUCAUGUCGUCGCCUCGUUCUAUUAAAUAUUCUUUAGAUUUUCUAGGCUCUUUAUUAGUAUUGCACACAUGAACUUUGGUGCUCCUAUGGGUCCAGUCAGAUUACAGGGAGUGAAGUGGGGAUCUUUCUGGUAGAGGGCCUCUCAAAUUCUAAGGUGAGGGGUUUGAGGUUGAAGUACUAACAGUAUGAGUCACCUUGAAUGCCAGCAAUAUAAGCAGAGGCUACUUACUUGUCUCAAUAAUUUUAUACCUGCACGCAGACAACACAACUCCUUCUUUCUCUCCCUUUGACAAUGCACUUACAGCCACAUGCAGCAUUUGAUCUUAAUAGAAACUGCCACUAGCAAGCUCGAUAUUUUUCAGUCACCACUUUCCAAGUGCCCUUCGCCUUUCUCAUUUCCUCUUUGACUCUUUCUGUCAGGAUGAAGGAAAUAUGCCGGCCUUUAAUUUGCGGGAAGAAGUUCCACAAAGUUGUUGUUUGAAGCCUGAGGGGGAACUUGGUUCCUUGAGCGUUGUGCUGUGUGACAUAACAUUCUUGUCACCUUGCCAUUAAUAUUCCAACUGUGGUCCAAGUAAUAAGGAUAUUCACUCCGUUUCUCCAUAUCACAGGAAGCUGCCUGUAACGUGAAGCUUUUUGGUGCCCUACUCUGUUUCAACAUAAUCAUAUCAACUUGUAAAUAUGUGUAAAAUAUAUUCACUUCGGAGAACCACCACUCUUUGUAGUGAGAAUCAUCCUUCUCAUGAAGAGAGAAGAGGAAAUUUAAAAUAAGCUAAGUGAGCCAACUUCUGUGCUAUCAGAAAUCAUACCAAUGUUUAAAUGAGUUUUAAAGAGGAGAAAGGCUAUCUAGAACAGCAAACUUGGCACCAUAAGAACUUUAAAGCAUUUAUUUUUCUAAUUACUAAUAAAUCUAGGAAGUACCCCAAGUGUAUUGUAGAAAACCUGCAUCCAGUAAAAUGAUUGUGUGUUUUGUACAUGAAAAUAUUUUGUGGGAAAUUCCAAGCUAGCUCCGCUCUGCAGAAGGUGGCGACAAAGCCUUUGCAAUGCCUUGGUGUGCAGACAGAACUUUUAUGCAUCCCUGGUGACAAUGUUACUCUAUUAUUAUUUUGGUUGAAAUCCUUUAUUUAAAUAUGAAAUAUGAGGAAAAUAAAAACACCUUUCUGUCAUAGCUUUUGUCUGUGUUAAUAAUUUGUUAUAACUCUGUACAAUAUUUGAAAAGAAUAUUUUAGUACUUGCUUGGGCUGCAUGAAAGGAAGAAAAUCUGUCAGAUGUAUCUGAAGAAUAGCAAUAAAGCAAUUUUGAUGGGCUAUUUUUUUUUAAAAAAGCAUUUAAUUGGCACAAGAUUCACAAACUGAAGUUUAAAAAACUUUCCCAAAAACAUUUCUGUACCUCAAGCUGCAUUUCUAAUUACAUGUCAUUUGUGCUGAAUCCUUAGUCUCUGCAACUACUACAUUUACAUUAAUUGUGUAAAUUCUGUCAGAAAAUAAAUUAAUUUGGCCUUUCUACCAAAGGAAGCAUAUUCAAUAACACAUUAAUUCAAACUUCUCACCCCUCUUCCCCAACCCCUUUUGUUCUGCCUAUCCCUAUUAACAAAAAGUUCUUCUCCUGUGAUUACUGCACGUGAAGCGAGUCAAAAGUGGUUCCCUUUUAAUAACGCAUGGUUUCACAUUUUCAUUUGUGAAAUGCUGACACACCAAGCAGGUAUUAGGCAAGCGAUGGCAUCACAUGUGGGUACUUGUUAGCACUAUUUUGGAAUUCUAACAGCACAAGUAUUUUAAUUGUAGACCAUCUUUCCCUCCCUCACCUCCGCACUUUCCACAACUCUUUCUCUGCCUUGAAGAGAAAGAACAAGUGCUCUCCCCCCUCCCCUCGCCAGUUAAAAGAUUGCAGUUGCACUGGAAACCAAAUACAAGAUUUUCAGGCAACUUAUUGACCGUGUUCAUGGCUGCGGAAAAGCAGAAGCUACUGUGGCUUAUAGGCAAAGAAAUUUUAAAUACUCUAGAUGCAAACUGCACAGCACAAUCUUCUGCAUAUUCACAUGGUGCAUCCUACUGUGUUUAUUCUCUCAUGCUUACGAUUGCACACUUAAUCUCUUGUUUAUGAGAUAAUCAAGAAUACUGUUGCAUAUUAUUUAUGCAUUCAGGAUUACUUCCGAAAAAUAACUUUAGUUCAGGUUCAAAUACUUGGUGGUUGGUUUUUUUGUUUUGUUUUUUGUUUUAGUAAUUUGAAGGUUCCAUGAUGUUAGCAAAUUCAAACACCAAUUUGACUCCUGAAGGAUUGAAUUUGCAUAUUGUUACAUGGUGGAUGUUUUUCCCCAAGAUGGCACUGACCACACCUGGAUCCAAGGGACCAUGCAACUAGUUUUACAUGGCUGGUAUUUAUUUAUUUAUUUGGGGGGGGGGGGUUGGUCACAUGAUUUAUAGUACCCAUUUGAAAAAUCUUGGCUUAAGCUAACACAAAGUGAUAUUCUGGAAUGAGCAUGAUGUAAUGCCAUGCUAAGGAAAGUUCUAAGCUGGGGGGAAAUAUCCAUUAUAAUGUGUUACAACUUGCAUUGGUUGGAUUUCUGUUUCUAAACCUGUAUCAGAGAUCAUCAUUCUAAACCAAGAGACACGGAAUUAAUGGAAAACGGGCAUGUAGAGAUCUGCAUUUGCUAACGAAGUGUGUUCAUAGAAGGGUACAUAUUAAAGUUAUGUGAAGUAUCUGCUAAAGUAAUAUCAAAUGUCUUGACAGGCUUUUUUAGACAGCACUAUCCAUCAAUGGAGCACCUACAGAACAAAGUUUAUACAAUAAGGUUGGUGGUGGCUGCUAUAAUCGGUACUUUUAAAUUUAUUUAAAACUGCUGGUUUAAAAAUCUAAGCAGCAGACAAAAAGAAACCACAGACAACAAAAAAGUAAGUAGUAUAAAGAGAUAAACAUAAAAACAUACUACCUCAACAAUUAGUGGUUGGUUGGUUGGUUGGUUGUUUUUUUACCGAUCCUGCACUGCAAGUGUGAAAACAAGUAGUUAAACCUAGGUCUCCUCCCUUGUUAAGGACCAAUUGCCCCAGGGAAGGAAGUGGAAUGCUGCUUUCAAUUCCCACGCCUGUCUUCAGCUAUGUUGCCAACUCCUAGUUAGCUGGCUUUAGAAAGCAAGCAGAGAGCUCUGCACCUGUGAGUUUAUAGCAAGAAGCAGGGGUGGCAAAAGAAGGACUACUAUACGGCCUCUAAAUCAACAAGCAACACGUGUUCAUUUCUGUGGUGUGUAUGUGGGUAAAUUAAUUUACAAACAUCAUGUGAAUUGAUAUUAUUAUUAAUGAAUUAAAUUUGUUAGUCUCUUUACCUUGCCCAAAGCAACUUACAAGCUACCCACCAACAAUAGAGAGAUGCAUGUUCAAAUUCCUUCUCCAUCAUGUAUGGCCCUGGGUACACCACUCUUUUAAAAAGUCUUACCUGCUUAUAGGGCUGUCAUCAGGAUAAAUUUAAGCCACCAGCUUGAACUCCUUGAGAGAAGAGUGGGAGUAAAGAUAAUGAAAGGUAAAAUUAAGCUGAAAUAUAUUUGGCAGGAGAAAUAACUCGCAGAUUCGUCUCUAAAAAACGUGCUCAGUCUUAUUGCUUUGUUAAAUAACUGAAUUCUAUCAGCAUACUAGCAUCCCAUUUUAUAACUUUCUUUAGGCAUAAGUUUCAAAUCUCAGCUGUGCAACCUUAUAUAUUAGAAAGCAAAAUUCUCAGUCAAAUUUGCAUCCAUCAAAAUCCUCUUAAUUAUGUAUAGUUGCAGGGUUGAGGAACAGCAUACCUUUAAGAAAAACAACUGGAAGCACAAGAUAUAGCUCUUCAAUUCCUCCUAUGUGAUGUCACUGUGCAUGUUUUUGUAUGGCUUCUGAUGCACCAGGGUAGCCAUUUGUAAAUGAAAAGGGCAAUAGAAUUCUUCUGCUUGUUUUCCUGUUAUGUAAUACUGAUAUGCAGUUUAUGCAUUACAAAUUAAAACAAAAACCUGUUCUAAAAGUUGUACCGAUGUCUUCAUUGCUCCAUCAGAUCAAUACGUUUUCUAAUAUUGCAGAGAGCAAGUUGUGUGUACCACUGCAUACUUUUCCGCUACAGGUAGGUAGCCGUGUUGGUCUGCCGUAGUCGAAACAAAAUAAAAACAUUCCUUCCAGUAGCACCUUAGAGACCAACUAAGUUUGUUAUUGGUAUGAGCUUUCGUGUGCAUGCACACUUCUUCAGAGGACUUUUCCGCUAUUUAUGUAAACACAUGAGAAUGGAACUUCCCCCAAAGGUUAGAAUUAAGUUUCAUUGAUUGUUUUCACAAGAUUUACAAUCACCACCUUGAAGGCUGCACAAUUAAGAUGGGUCCCUCAUCUUAUUUUGCUAAAUCGUACUUCCAGUUAGUCCAUGUCUCCAUGCACUAAUAACACUUUAAGGAAGCUAAUGUACAAGCUCCGCUUUCUCAAUAGAUACAUAGUACAAUCCUUUGCAUGUUUAUGCAAAAUAAUACCUCUUGUAUUUAGUAGGGUUUACUCAUAGGUAAGUGGCUUCCAACUUCUGGGGGAAAAGGAAGUGAAGACUGAGGUUUUGUUUUUUAAAAGUACAUCUUAGCAGUACCAAUAUAACAAAGUAAG